GCAGUUUCCGUGUUUGUACGUUUUUUCGGUUUGUGAAGUUAUAGUUAUUCAAAUGUUGAAGACUGAUAGAGGGAAAUAUAUGCUUUCAUAUCAUGGCUACAAAGAAUAACAAACAAUAUUGAAUUGCAAAUAUAGGUAAUAUUUUACAUUUAUACAACUUGUAUACCUAGUUAAUUAUUUUAACUUUAUUACUAUUAUCAACGGGAUUUUAACCAUACUUAAAAAACAAAUAAUAAAACAAACAAAUUUGUAGACAGUACUAAUUCUAACAAAAAAAAAAUAUUUUUAACUAUAAAAGCAUAAAAAAUAAAUGUAACAGUCCUAAGUCUAUAAAAAAUAGGAAAAAAGUAUUAAAUUAAAAAUAUAUAUACGCGAAGAGUUGACAUCGCGAAAAGUUGAUAUAGCGAUGAAUAUUGACGUAUAUCCGUAUAAAUGUAUGCAUUAUACGACAUUUAUAUCAUAGUUCAAAGGUCGAUUAUUAACUAUAUUAUAUAUUUUAAAUAAUAGACAUAAUCUGUUUUAUAUUUUCAAAAUCAUUAAUCGAAUAUUGACGAUUUAAAAUAUAUUUCAAUUAUUAGGUUUUUUUUUUUUUUUUUAAUAAGGGCCUGAAAAAGUAGUUAGGAAAAAUGUCUCUAGAUUAAUGUAUAUAGGGGUAGACAUUUCAUUAGACUUCCGUGACAUUUUUCUUAGCCAGUUCUAUGAAUAGAUUGUAGACACGUCUAUAGAAGUGCAUAAUAUGUUAUAAAUUAGCAAAAUAUUAAUGUCGUUUAAAUUGCUUAUACACAACUCUGAACUCAUUUGUUGUGCAUUAUAGAUAUUUUGUUUUCAAACGCCUAUUAUAUGGUCAUCUAUUUUCGUGACUACCAUAUUUUGUCGAAAUUUCCUAUAUCUGUGACGUAUCGAAGAUCGCAUAUUAAACCUUCACGAAUAUAAAUUGCAUAACGGCUCAUCUGUGUUAUUUAUAUAGAAUUGAAAUUAUUCAAAUAAUAUACACGGAUAUUCAUUGAAGGAUCUGCGCGAAUAUUGUUCGAAAUAAUGUCCAAUAUAUGUAUAAUAAUACAUUCUCUCAGGAAAGGUCGCCCACAACUAUACUCGCUAACAGUUCGGGUAUAUUAAAUUAUGAGGUUGCAUUAUAUUCGUAUAAUAUUAAAAUACAGUGACUAUAGAAUACUAAUACUAAUAUUAGAAAAUAGAUUUAAAUUAAUAACUCUGACGUGAUCCCGGAGGUUAAAUUAGGUUUUGAAGAACAGCAAACGUUCGGUCGGUCGAUGGUCAAUCUAAUAAAAUAAUAAUAAUAUUAUUUUCAAUACACGGAAUGAAUACCUACGCUAUCGGCAGGUUUGAAAAUUUUUCGAAAAAUUUAAUACAAAUACAGCAAUAUAAUAAAAUAUGUGCAUUUAUCGAUACACUCGUCAGAACUUUAUAUCAGUAUUGUACAAAAGUACACUAUAAGACUUUCAGUGCAAUAUGUAAUAACGGACUGAUGCACCAUGAUAUAUUCCAUGUUUGAGUUGUUCGUACAAUAAUAGAAACCAUUCACCAUAAAAUACGACUCGUAAACGGACAAAGCCACGUUAUAACUUGAUAUUCAUUAGAAGGUAGCCGCUAAAACAUUAUUGCAUAAUAAAAUUAUAAAAAUUUGUAAGAGUUAGAAUCGAAUAUAUUUUUUUCUUACGUCUAAGUAUUUAUAUUACGGGGUUAGUUUGUUAUCACAAUGGUAGGCCUCAAUUUAUUGGACGAUACACAUUUUUAUAUUAUAUAAGUCCUUUCAUAGAUACGUCCGAUUCGAGCUUUUAAGCUCUGUCCCUUCAAAAAAUAAAUAAAAUAUUCUCAGUGACCGAUUGUUUGUCCGGAUAUAUUAUGUGAAUACAGCACUCAGUACGGAUACAUGAUGUGAAAGGACCUCAAAUUGUCAAAAUAAUUACGGACUCUAUUUAAAUAGUCAAGUUUUACAUAGCACUCCUAUUAAGAAAAUAGCAGUUAGUAGUAGUUAGUAAAUGCCGCCAAAGACAAUAACCAUAAUAAUCAAUAACAUUCGUACAGACGAUACGAACUCGGCGGCGGCGCGGCAGUUUCCAAUAAACUAAUUUGUAUAGGUUGCCGAAGUUGUGUGUAAUUAUUAUCAAUGAGACACACGACCCGCGAGUCCGUUGAAACGAUUAAAACCGAGAAAAUUGUCUGGCAAGAGGAAAAAUAAAGGUACUAGAAUUCAACUGCUACAUAAUACGGCGGCGUUGGAAUUAUAAUUUUUUUUUUAUAGGUCGGUUAGGUUUAACAUUUCCGAGGCCUAAAAACGAAUAAUAAUUAUUACCAGAGUAUUAUUCAAACAAAACUCAUAGAUUGUGCGGUGCACGUUUUACGUAAUAAUAAUCGUUAUGCCACAAUGAAAUAAGAAAAUAAAAAUUACGUAUCGAAUAGCGAAUAAAACAUGAUAAGGAUAGAACGUUUUCGAAUAAAUAUGUUACAAUAACAAUAUUAUAAAGAUCAACUUUCCGGCCGACCUGCAAUACUAAGCACACUAACUAUUAUUUUUUAUAAAGUUAGUAUUGAGUUUAAAAGUUCUUUAUGUACAUAAUAAGUUCAAAUUUAAUCAGUUUAUCUAAAAAUAAUUCUUAAUUUAUAUAAGAGUUGUUUUAGAUAGGCUAGGCAGAUACUUGAAAUAUUUUAUUCUAACGUGUUCAAACGAAAAAUUGAUCGGUUUUUCGGUGGGUAGGUUCAAUGGUACAACCAGGAAGAAAGUUAAGAGAUACUACUCUCCCCCGAAAAUUUAGAUAUUGUACGCUCUACGUAGGCACAAAUUUCCUUUAAAUUUUGAAUAUGCUUACACUUUAUCGAUUUAGUAAUUUACUAUCCUACCCAAAAAUCUGUCUAAAAACUUGAUUGUGCUACUGAGGUUAUUAAUUAUAUUUUAGUAUUUACAUUUAAAUAUUUAAACAAUAAUCGUGAACUAUAGUCAACAUAGAGAGUUUCUCUUAUUUCACUGCGAUGGUGGAUAUCCGAAAAGUGAGAAAGGGAAGGGGGGAGGAUUAUUCAAAAUUAUAACCAUCUAUAAAACUUUUAUAUAAAAAGAUAGAUAUACUUCGUUCGAUGAGUGGGCUACAAGCUUUCUGGUGGAAUUUUUGUGCACAGUAAAAAAAAAAAGUCUAAAUCACGAGUUCGAACUCGCGACCCCUAAAGAAACCAAUAGGCUUGAAGUACCAUAAGUCUACGAUAAACAUAUAUUAAAGUACAUAAUAUAGAGAUAUUUAACAUAUAUAAUAUUAGCACUUUAAAUUUCGAAACUAAGUCAGUCCGCUCAAUUCCAAUUUCACCAUCGUUUUUAAAUCGGCAAUAUACAUAUCUUCAAAGCAAAAUAUUGAAAAAAUUAGAUUUCUUCUCAUAGUUUUUUACACAAACAAUUUUUGUUAAUAUUUGAUUUUAACAUUUCUUUAUAAAAAAUAUCAAUUUUUUUUUUUACCAUAACGUCCACCUUUAAUGAACCUUCUGUUGAAUUGUCAAGUAUUAUUGUCAUGUCUAACAAUUUUACCACACAGUACCAACCGAAUAAAAAUUCUUUCAAAACUCUCAAAAUUAAAAUGUCUAUAAAUAUUUCAAAAGAGGCUUAAAUUUUUUGAAAAUUUUACCACUACUACAAAAGGCAAAUAUAAGUUGUUUAUCUAAAUUUCAAGUCUCUACGAAUAUUUUUAACUGAAUGACAACAAAUAUUAAAAGUAAUCUUAGUAAAACCAAUAUAUUCUUUGCGACACUCAGAAUCUAAAAUACCAUCAUUGUAAAACCAAUACAUUUUUCACUCCACUCAGAAUCUAAAAUUGCAUUGUAAUUUUUUUUUUUAUUUCGACGUAUUUGUCAGCGUUUAAAUUUAAUCUAUAAUAAAUUCAGACCCGAAUCGACACACUUAUACAGAAUAAACAUUUUUUUUUUUUACAGUUUUCAGUAGGAAAAAAAAUCGUACAACUAAAUCUGUUUUGUGGGUUUGUUGUUUUUUCUAAUAUUUUGUCGGCAUUAUUUUGAAGAUGUUCCAAUUAAAAGACGUGUCUGUGAAAUUUGUAGUUGUAGUGAGAAUGUUCAUGACGUGUAUGUCGAAAACGAGUUACGUACUUAUACACAUUAUUAUUUCCGAUUAAUUUAAUUUAUGGGAGGAGGAACUAAUAAAAAAAUAAAAGUCAAUUCAUAACGGGCGUUUUAUAUAUACACAAAACGAAUUUUUCAUCACCUAGCUUGUAAAAAAAAAUAACAUCGAAAAUAAUAGAAACCGUUAUUGCAUACAUAUUUCCGUUUUACUGACAUGUUUUUUCAAUUAUUAUUAAGAAAAAUAGAAUAAAAUUCAAAAAAGAAUUCGCCUACAUUCUGACUAGCCAAAACUUUCUAUCGGAAACUACACCUUGCAGAAGUUGACGAAUGGCCCAAGAUUUAGGGUCUAAAAGUUGUCUGAAUAGAGGAAGAAAGCACACGCCAUAAUACAAUUAUUGUAAACUCAAACAUCACGUCACUUCUAAAAAAAAAAAAAAAAAAGAAAGAAACGAUUUAUUUUUACGAUUAUCAUUGUUAGAUCGACAUAAUUCAUAUUUUGUUUGACCAGUUACAAGUAGGCAUCUAAUACAGUGGUUGAAGUUCUUCACGAAACUACAUAAAUUAUUCGGAAUAAGACAUGUAUAGUUGCACUUUGUACAUAGGAUUUUCGUGCGAAUACCUUUUUAUAAUUUAUAAUAGCCUAAUAAAGGUAAUAAAUAAUAUAAAAUAAUAAUAUAUUUUGCGUUCCUAUAAUCCUAUACUUCUACUGGGAAAUGCAAUAUUUUAAAAACGUGAUCGAAAUGAAAAAUUCCCAGGUUUCGCCACGUAUAUAACAAAUAUCUGUUUUUGUUAUGAUGUUAUUUAAGUAUAUAACGUGUACAAUAAUAAUAAUAAUAAUCAAAAUAAGAUUAAUUAAAAACGUCUCUGCGUGCGUUUAAUGCGUGUCGACUACUGUGAAAACCCGCAAGUGUGCGGGAAUACCGUGCUGUGAUCGAGACGAACGAACGGGUCUCUCGACGCGAUCAAUCAUCUGGAUUUCGGAUCCGCUGUUGACAGAAUGACUCAAUAUAUAUAAUUGCAGUGGGUAGUUCAGAUUUCAGAAUCAGGGACCACUUGUAAUUUUUUUUUUCAAGAAACUUUAGAAUAAUAGAAAAAUUAUUUGUAUGUAACAUGACUUACGAAGAUUUUAUGUACAUAUUCGAUUUUGAUUUUUUUUUUUUUCGUUAUUAUAAUAAUUUUUUUACUUAACUAUUAAUAGAAUUUUGUCUUUAAAAAUAUUUUUCUAUGGGUAUAGGAUAUUAAUAACAUAGAUCUGUUACCAGAAAUUUUAACAAUUGUUAAGAAAUUAUGAUAAUUCCCGGGAAACGAUAACGAUAUGAUUAUAUCUGAUUUUAUUAUCCAGUAUUAUACUAAACCAUAAACUAUAAUACCAAGAAUAAAUACAUUUUUGACCCUUAAAUGUCAGUUCAUUAGUUUGUGCAUUCUUUUUUUUUAUAUCGAAUAUAAGCAUAUUCGAAUAUAUUAGGACAUAUUAGAGUUAUCAUAAUUAAAAACAUUUUGUUUUCAACAUUAUUGAUAACUUUUCAAUUUAUUUACUAUAGGCAAAGGAUUUUAAUGCAUAUUUUUUAUACCGCUAGUUAUUACUUACUGAGUGUUUUUGCUUGAUCUGUCUAUUAAAACAGAAGCCCGAUAAAAUAAAUAAUUUGCCUUUGCAUGGAUUUAGUUUUGUUCUUGUAGCAAUAAAUAUAAAGGUUUCGGUGAUAUUGUCAAUUUAACUAUGGAAAUGACAACGAAAUAUCUACUAUAAACAGUGAUAUCAUUGUUUAACGGCUUAACCGUAUAAGGAGUUUCUAUAAUUUCCAGUAACAAUAAAUAAUACAUAUUUAUGUUAUGCAUACCAAUAAUAACACUAAAUAAAAUUGGAUGUAUCGUGAAUUAAUACAUUGACAACCGUUCAAAAUUCAGAACAAAAUGUUUGAAAAAUUUAAUAUUAUAAUACGUGUAUUGUGUAGGGGUUUAAAAAUUACAAGUUAUUCUAAUAUUUUGAAAUUAUCGGCGUUUAUACCCUGUACCUAAUCAGCGCAUAGUUCCUACCAUUAUUCUCGAACAAAUUAUCGAUUACCUACAUAUAACAAUAAUUUACUGUAAAUGUAAUAUAAUCUGCAAAGACUUAUGAUCGUGUUGUAUCCGCAAACAUUUCAAUCUGAACCGAACACGAAAACGCUCGUGAAAUUAAUUUACACAAUACAAACACGCGACGCACGUGACCUGAAAAUUAUAAAUGGUGACAUCGUGCAAGUAUAUAGGUAAGUACCUAUAAUAUAUUAUAUGGAACGACGAGUUCCAUAAUAUUAUUAUUAUAAUUUGCGGCAAUUUACUGAAGGAGAGUAGUAUAUAGUCGAACUUAGUAAUAAUAUAUUAUACGAAAACGACACAAAACGCAUGAUAUUUUGAACAUUUAUAGGCAUUAUAAUAGCUGUUUAUUAUUAUUAUUUUUUUUUUUGUAUAUUAUCGUGCAAGUGUCGAAACUGUUAUAGUAUAGUCUUAUUAUAGAAAUUAAAUACUAAAUUUUUAGUUCCCAUUACUAUUACUAUUACUAUUAACAAGCUUCAAUGUUAAUAUAUUAUACACAGUACUAAUGAUGGGGCCUCACCUUUUAAUACGGCCAUUGAAUUCAAGGUCAAAUGGCGAGUUUAAAAGACGAAAUUACAAAUUUUAUAUUGAGAAUUUCGAAAAAUGUUUUAAGCAAUUUCAUUAUUAAAACUAACCAACAGAAUUAUUUAAAUUUAAAGAAUAUUAUAGGUAUUGUACAUUGUGUUAUAUUAGUCAUUAGAAAUACAGAGAUGGCACUUCUAUACCACACAUUUUAUACAAUCAUACUUAAUGAUAUUCAUUAAAAUUAUAAAGACUACGUCAAGUUAGUAAAAGUAACUUUUAACAAACUUAGUUAAUUUUCAAAAUAAUGAAUUUGAACUAAUCAAGUUAAUUUGAAAAAAAAUCAAUUAAUUCAUAAAGUCACAUCAACGUUAUGUUUAAUGCUUAUACUUAUGAAAUAGUUCAUAUUUUAAAUAAUGUUCAAAGGUCUAAUAUAUAUGUAUAUAUAUAUUACCACAACAUAGUCCACAAAUUCCUUACAAGUUAUUGGUUAUUAUUAAAAAUAUGAACCGUUUUAGUACGCGAUUACAAACCCGUAAAAAUAGUAAAUAAUGAAUAUAUUCCAAUAUCUCAAACUAUAUGACUUAUUUGACUAAAAUAUUUAAUUAGCAAUGUUUUAAAAAGAAAACAAUUAUAAUUUGUUUUCAUAUAUUACGAAAAAAAAAUAAAAAUUGCAUAUCAAUUUUGUUGAUCCACAUAAACCUUGGUGAGAUGGGGGAGAGGAACGGUUCUCCUUCUUGCUGUUCCGAACAUUAUACUAUAUUUUAAUACAUAAUAUUAUAAGUAGGUUAAUACUGCAGUAGUUUGCUACCUAGGUACUGAUAUACGAAUUGGAAUAAUAUACUUAAUAUUAUUUUUAUAGGGCCACUUGUUUAUGCAUAAAACAACGUUUUAAUGAUCACGGAUCAUAAUAUUGGUUAAUAUUCAUUUUCAUUGUAAAACCUUUUAUAGCCCGAAUGAUAUUAUUUAAUAUCGUAAAUAAUUUACGAGUAAAAAAAUCCAUAUACUAGUACACUCAAAAAAAAAAGUUAAAAAGACAUCUUAGGAAAAUGGAUACGGGUGCAGCCACUGUUAUAGGUAAUUUAAUGUAUACCUGUAUGCAACGAUAAAAAGAUUGCUAAUGAAAAACCAAUUCUGAGCGGAGUUCAGUUAAUAGUGAUGCUUUUUCAACAAUAUAUAUGUCAUAUUAUGGUAAAAUAAUUAAAUAGGCAUUAUAUAUUUUCAUUAAUAUCUUAUAUUUGUUUAAUAUUGUACCGAUUUUUCCGUUUUUCUUGAUUUUCUCACAUUUUGUCUCGGUUUUUCACAUUUGCUGGGAAAACUCUCGAGAAAAUCAAAAUAAAACCUGCUUAAAGAACCUCUCCAGUCGGAUUUUCUUUUAGAAAAAGUGCUAUCAUUGUAAACUGUUGCGAAAUUGCUGGUAGAAAAGUUGUGCACAGAAAAAAAAAAGGUCAUAAUAUAUUUUAACUUACACCUACAUUUCUUAUAAAAUUUCCUGUUUUUUUUUUUUUUGGUUUUUUAAAUUUGAUGAGAAACGUCUUGAAAAUAUCGAAAAAGGAAUUCUUUAAGUACCUUCCCACGCCAAUUUCCUUUCAGAAAAGGUGAUACACGUAGAAAUCCGAGCAAGUCUUCUGGUAGAAAAAAAAUCUUAAUAUUUUUCUAAUAUAUGUUGUAUAUUUUCCCAUUUUUCACGAUUUUUCCUAUUUAUUAGGAAAACGCUUAGGAACAUCGAAAAAUUACCUCCUUGAAGUACCUUCUCAAUCAGAUUUCGUUUCUGAAAAAGUGCUAUCAUUUUAUAUAGAAAAGAAAUUCUUGGUAGUAAAGUUUACACAACAAGUCGAGAUAUUUUGUGAUUAAAAUAGUCCGAGUGAGUGAUGGCUUGGGUCUAUUUAGGUACACCGAAAUUGUAUUUGUAUUUUCCUUGUUUAGGUAAAAAGCAAAAAAAAGGAAACAAUUAAUUUCCAAACACUGGUUUGAACUCGAAACCCCUAUGAUGAAAACAGGCAUAAAUAACCAUACGACCACAACAAAUAUGCUUUUAGAAGAACAAUACAAAGUUAAUCAACAUAACAUAUAAUGUCCGCAUAAUAUUAGAAUUUCAAAAAACUAUAAUUUUGAACUUAUUCAGUCCGCUUAUUUCUGACUUUUUCAUCGCUUUUUAUUCGGCAGUGUAUAUAUGUUCAAAAAAAAAGAAAGAAAAUUGAUAAAUUAGAUUUGUUCUUCAUAAUAUUUUACUCAAACGAUUUUCGCCAAAAUUAAAUAUUAAAAUUUCCUUAUAAAAAAAAAUACUUUCAACUACAAAGUAAGACUCUUAAUGAAUCUCAUGUUGAAUUUUUAAGCAUUUCUGUUCUAGUCUAACAAUUUUACCACAGAUUACCUACUGAAUUAAAAUUACGUACAAAACUCGCAAAAUUAAACUGUCUAUAAAUAACUCGAAAAUGGCUCAAAUAUUUUGAAAAUUUUACCGCAUCUAGAAAAGGCAAAUAUGAGUUUUCUCUCCAAAAUUCAAGUCUAUAAAUAUUUUUAACUGAAUUUCCACAAAUAAUAAAAAGUAUUAUUUUCGAACAUUUCCCAUUUUUCUUACGUUUUAUCCUGGUUUUUCCCAAAUAUUAUGAAUACACUCCUAGCCCCAAUUUACUUUGAGCUUGAUUUUCAUCAUAAAUGCGUGCCUUGUAUGAGUUUUCAAAAUAACCCCUCCUCCGUUUUAUUAUCCCGGAUCUGUCCCUGCUAUACAUGUAUCAAUGUGGACAAUAUUGUUAAAUACGCUUACGAAAUAUAUUAUUAAGGACAAGAUUAAUUUUAAAUGUAGAAUGCUACAAUGUGUGUUAAUAACAUGAUUUAUAAGCAGGUACUUUAAAAUAUAUUAAAGUACACAAAAUUCGUAAAAAAAAAAAAAAUAUAAUUAUUUAUGGAUAAAAACUUUUGUUUUAGUUUUCGUGAUACGGCACGUGUAUUAUGCAAACAAAAUAAAGGUUGAUCAUCAGUAUUAUCAAAACUUUAGUGUUUAUUAUUAAAACAAACUUAUAAUUUUAAGAAGGCUUAAUAACGAUUACGUACUGUAAAGUUUUGUUGAUCUUUUCACGUUCGAAAUAUAUUAUAUUAUGUAAAUAUAUUUACAAUAGUGUAACAAUAUUGUUUAUGAUCUGAGUAAAAUUGCUGGUAAAUCAAUAAAAACUAUCCUUUACAGCAGGAUCGUUUAUAUCUGUUUAUAUCGUGUCAUACUGGAUGUUGAUAUUCAUUAAACUGCAUUCAAGUGUUCGUCGUUUAAUCGGGAUAAUAUUUAUUUUUUCGAUACUUAAGUAGUGCAAUUGUGUGCUCACAAAUAUAAGUGCUACCGAAAGUAGUAAUCAUUUCUUUUUAUCAUAACUUUUAAUACUUUUACAAUCUUUUUCUGAAAGACUUGAAUAAAAUAUUUUUAUUUCAAUAUAAUUUCUAUAAAUUAUGUUUUAAGAAAAUCAUGUUUUGCAAUUAUAUGUUUUCCAUCUGUUAUUGCAAAUAAUAUUUCAAAAGAAAAUGGGUUAUCAACCAACUUGAUUUUUUUUUUUUUUUUGUACCUACAUAGAAGUCAGAAAAUCAAAUUAAAAAUUAGUUUUGUAGGUUUUCAAUUAUAUCUAAGAAAAUUGUUUGAAAUAUCAUGAGAUAUAUUUGGAUUUUUGGGUUGUCGGAGGCUGUUUAACAGAAAAUUUAGAAAAAAAUAAGCUAUCCUAGGAUAAUUCACUUCACCCGUUCCCUAGAACUGUUGUAGGUUGGAAAUCGGGAUGGUAGGAUACACAUGGAAAUUUAAUGUAUAUCAGCAACGAUUAAAUAUAGAAAAACAAUUCUGGGCAGAGUUCAGUUGAUAGUAUUGCUUUGUCAACAAUAUGUAUAUCACAGUAUGGUAAAAUAAUUACAUAUUAUGUAUUAAAAAUGUUCUUUAAUAAUAUUUAUAAUGUACCUAUUUUCCUGUUCUCUUGGAUUUUCCAUGUUAUUUCCCAUUUAUUGGGAAAACUCCAGGGAAAAUCAAUAAAAUUACACCCUUAAAGUACCUCCCUAGUUAGAGUUCCUUUCAGAAAAAGUGCUAUCAUUGUAAAUCGGAUCAAAAUUGCUGGUAGAAAAGUUGUUCACAGGAAAAAAAAAGGUCAUAAUAUUUUUUAACUAAUACCUACGAGUACACUUCAUACAUUUUCCCGUUUUUCUUCAGUUUUUUUCGAUUUUCCAAUCUAUAGACAAAACUCCUAGGAAAAUCAAAAAAAAGACCUCCUUAAAGUACCUUUCCAGUUAGAUUUCUUUUUAGAAAAAGUACUAUCAUUAGUUGUUCAUAGAUAAAAAAAAAAAAAAAAAUAAACAUCACUGUAAAACUAUAAGUUUUUUCUCUCUACACAGAACCUAAAAUUAGAGUAACAGAGCUUGGUCACUAGAGUCGAAUUUCCUCGCAGCCGACUUGUUAUCGUUAUAACAUUUCAUUUUUUUUUUUUUUUUUUUUUUUUUAUUUAUAGAAUUGAUUUAAAAUAAUUAUAGUUGCAAAGUUUUAUUACUUUUUGUCUGAAUACAUCAGAUAUAUCUGGAUUUUUUAAUAUCUGCAGUGUUUUCUAUGAAAAAAUGAAAUUUGAGCAUUAAAAUGGUUGCGGAGGGGGUCAAAAGAGGAAACCCUUUAAAGGCACUUCCUAAUAAUUACACCAUGCACACACGAAGUUGUAUUUUCCAAACCUCUUCUUGAAGAGUCGGUAUAAGGGUGUACAAAGUUAAAAAAUCAUCAUCCUCCCGUAAAAACAUGAUUUAAUUCAUAUUUCAAUACACCAAAAUUGUAUCACUUCAAUUCGCUUAUAAAUAAUUUUAAUACAAAAGUUAAUUUAAGUUAAGAGUUAAUUUGAUCUUGUAGGAGAAUCACUAAAAGUGGCCAAAAGAAGCGGAAAAAUUAUAUACGGCAUAGUUUUAAGACCAUAACAGGAAAAUUAAUUCAGAGGGGAAGGAGGUUGUAAACUAAACAUUUGUGUUCUUCUAAUUUUAAUAAAUUUUAAUAAAUCGAUUAGGUACGUCAAAAUCCGAGUAUGGUGGUGUAAUUAAGUAUAAGUAGAUCUUGUAGUUUGCUGAUAUUUGCUGCUAUAACGAGCCGAGGAGUAGAAACUCUUGAAAGGCAGAAAAUAUGCUUACGUGGAUACUUGAACUUUGAGCGUUUAUAAAGUCAUUCAUUUUUGUAAAAUGUUACUAUACUAUAUUGCGGAUGACGUUUCUAAAACGGACUUCAUUGCUUGUGUAUACCUAUAAGCAUAACACGCGGAUCAUCGCACUCCGAGUAUAGGUAUAUCAAUCUCGUUUUUGCUCCCACAUCGCUUAGCAUGAUGUACACAUUUAUUUAUUUUUUCAACAGAAAACUGCUCUUUUUGUACUAUACGUAACUAUAUAAAGUAUUUCUCUAAUGUUAACGAUCGGCUAUUUUCAACACCGCGGUAAUCGUUAGCGCACAGAAUUAUUGUACUUUACACCCGUUCCGGAAAUACCUGACAAUAUUGUAGGUAUAUUUGACCGAAAUACUGGAGUUUAUAAUUUUGUUCUAAUUCGGUAAAUAAUACUUGAUGUCCAUAUUUUCACUAAAUACUUAUUUUAUCCUUAUAUAGACGUGGUAAACAUUUUCAAAAUAUAUUUAAGCUAUUUAUAGGCAUUUAACAUUUUCUAGUUUUUUUUUUAGUUUUUAUUUGGUUUAAUGUGGAUAAAAUUGUUUUGGACGAGUAGAAAUGUUUAAAAUGUAAAAAAGGUUGAGUUUAAAAUAGUAGUUUUUGUAUAUAUAAGUGUUUUAAGUGCAAAUUUUGACGAAAAUCGUAAAAAUUACGGAGAGGAUCGAAAACUCAUAUCAUGCCGGACAUUUCUACCAUUCCAUGAUGCCAUAUUAAUAGUUGUAUACCUAAUUACAAUUUUUUUUUUUUAAUGAAGUGUUUAUACAAAUGUUUUUUAGGUGUUUAAUUUCGAGAUAAAAGUAGACAGUGACCGUCAUAUUGCUUUGAAUAACAAAUGUGAAAAGUUUCAUCCAGAUCGGAAUAAAAUUGUAGAUUUGUAUGAAAAGCCAAUAUAAAUUGAACUUCAUUUUAUUUAUACAUAUAGGGGUUAACGCUGAAUGGAUAUUUGUUUUGUAUAAAACACGGCAAUUUAACUUUUAUUAGACAAUUUUAAACAUAAAAUUAGACAUCGUUAUAUCUUGACGAUAGACCGUUUACAACUUCACGAGUAUAAAUAUGUUAAAAAUGAAAAACAAACAAAACAUUUAAAUGACUUCUCCAAUACAGCAACUAAAAAUUGUCUAUCAAAAUCCACAUUUAAAGUUGAUGAUAGGAGUAUAAUUUCUAGUAUAAAAGUAGUUAACAGAUAUAAAAACGAAAUAAAUGUAGAACUAAAAUAAAAUACGUACAUCGUAAAAAACCAAUACAUGCUAUACGCUUAGAAUUUAAAAAUGCCUAGUAUACUAGUAUACUGUAUCGCAGCUCGUGUGUCACUUGUAGGGUUUUCCUUCGUCUUUCGCUAAUUUUGGCACUAGUUAAAAUAAACCAAAUUACUUAACUAAAAUAAUAUGACGAAGUUUUUUAAUAUUGCACGAUUAGUUUAGAAAUAGAAAAUAUUACGAACGUCAAUUAUCGCUGACAGAUUUAAUUAAAAAAAUUGACCAGUAUCUAUCGACAUUUCUUCUGUACAAUUUUAUAUGAAUAUAGAUUGGUAUGUAUAUCAUGCAAUAUAGUAUACAUUUAUUAUGAUUCCUUUAUCAAGAAAUACAGAUCUAUAUCUGAGUUAUUUAUACUAUAAAAGUAUUUUAAUUAUUAAACAAUUUAUCUAUAAGUAACAAAACAAAAAGCUUUUAAUUUUGACUACUUGGAGCCACUCAUAAGCCAGAUCACCGGAUAUUUUCCCAGCAUUUUCAUGAACAACAAGAACAGACAGGCGUGGACUGGUAAAAAAGGGCAUGGGAUACUUUAUAAUUUUAGGGCAAAUAUCAACAAUUAUUAGGGCAAGGUAUAAUAACAAAACACGUUUUAAAAAGCUGACAUAGUAACUUCACACCAUGAAUAAACUAAUGUUGUAAGUUAGGGAUGAAGAUAUACAUAUCGUAAUUUAAUUUAUAACUGAACGCAAUGAUAAAUCAGUGCAAACAAAAAGCGACUCCGAAGUAAAUUUGGUACAUGUUUUGGCUAUUUUAAAUUAAAAAUUGUACAUUAUUUUUUGACGACGAAAUAAAUUACAAUGAAAAAAGAAACUCAGAAAUAUCCAAGUUGUUUUAGCUACAUAAGGACCUCUUAAAAUAUAUUUUUCCCGACUAAAUUUUUAGGAAUUCGGCCUCAAUAUAGUGUAGCAUUUCAGCGCUCCAGCCAGCUUGUGCAUGUAAAUACAGAAUGUCCCAUAAUGAUCUGCCAAUUGAAAUAACUUUUGUUAUUAUCAAUAUUUUUGAUAAAUACAAUGUUUUUUAAUAAUUCUGCGCUACAGUUUAUAAACGAACAUUUUUUUUUUUUGGGGGGGGGGGCUUAAAAUAAAAAAGUUGAAAUUUUGCUAUGAUUGUUAGUAAACAAAUUCAAAAUAGCCAUUUUGUAAAAUAAAUUAUUAGACAAUUUUUGGUGGUUGAAACCAUUGUUAAUGUAUAGUUUUAGAUUUUUUACGUUUUUCUUGAAGUUUUUGCAAAUGUGAAUAUUACCUAUUGUGGUUAUUCCAUCACAAUAUUUAAUCAGUCAGGGCACAUGACAAGGAUUUCUUUUCCAUGAGUUAAUAUCAUGCAAUAAUAUUAUCAUAUUAUGGGUAUUAGGUAGUAGGUAAAUGAGAAUUGAUGUUGAUAAACAAUAUUGUUAUGAUUUAAAAGAAAAUUGUGAGAAUAUAAAGAGACGAAUUUCCAGAUUGUGAAACCGUACAUUAAAUAUUACGACUGAUACCAUAAUAAUAUAAAAAUAUUAUAUUUUGUUUUACAACGAGUGAUACUCAAACGGAAGUCAAACGACCAAAGUAAAAAACAUGAAUAUUUAUUAAAACAGCGUGGAAACAAUACAGCAAAGAAAAUAAUUGGGAAAUUCUUCCCGUUAAUUCGUAGAAAAGGAAAAUAACCGUUAUAAAGAUUUUUAUUUUAUUUUUGUCACCAUUAUAUUCGAAUCAUUAUUUAUGAGAAUAUAUAGGUCAUUUUUUUUUUUAAACGAAAAUCAUUGUCACAACAUAUAAUAGGGCUCGUACUGGCUACUCUUGUAUGGCGGUUACAGUUGCCACUUAAAAGGGUGUCUACACCAGUAGCAUAAUAUUAUGAUGUAGUUUUGGAGGUAUCCACUAUCAACUUACCUUCCUCAAAGUCACACAACUUCUACAAUUUGUCUCAUGUAGAUAAAAUAACUCAGUCCAUAUGGAUACCUAAACAUGUAAAUUUGACGAAGGGAAAUUAACAAUAUUUUUUUUUUUCGUUUUUGGUGUAAUUCAAGGUAAGAUUUUAUCCAAUUUUAUCCAUUCUUAUAAUAGAUAAAUUCUUUCAAAGUAUAAAAAGUUGAUAUUCUCACAGGUUGAGGUAGAAUAUACAUUGUUAUCAGGGUCUUGAAAAAUAUCGAGGCCCAGUUCAGUCAAUAUUUCAUGGUUUCGAUUAUCCGAUUUCACCUUAUUCUACAAUUUUGUUUUUUUGAAUUCUGCAUACAUAUUUACAAUUUGUCUUUGUCAAUAUAUUUUUCUAAAUAAUUAUGAGAGAUUAUGAAUUAUGAAGCAGGUAGCGAGAAGCAACGCAGGGCUCCUAAAAGCACUAGGCUCUAUGCAUUCUCACAGCUUGAACCACCUUCAAGCCUUGACUAUUAGGACAGCACUGUUCUAGGUGAGUAGUUAAAGAGGUAGUAUGUACAAAAUAAUUAAGUUGAUACACUCUAUAUACAAAAAUAAAUGAUUGAAAACGAAAAAAAAUUCUAUGUAUGUAGUAUUAUUAGUUUUUUUUUAUUUCGACGCCGAGGUCACAAAAAAAUUAACAAAAAUAAAACCAAUGCAUCGUCAUUUUUUGAAAUUUUUUAGAUUUAAUAAAAAGGACGUUGGUAAUUUAGAUAAUUUUUCAAUUAAACCUAGUGAAAAAUCCGUAUUUUUUAAAGCGUUUAAACAAUUUCGAACCUUCUUACUAGGUAACCAAAAAAUUAUUAUUUAGAAACAAAAAACAAAAAAAAAAUAUAUAUAUAUAAAGGAUCUAUAGAUGAAUAGUUGAAAUCGCAAGGUGUUCAAAUAAAGUACCAUUAUGAGAUUAUAUUAUAUGUAUGCUUAUGAAAUAUAAAAAUAAAAAUAGUUUUGUCCGUUCUCGACUUCACGCGUUGAUAGUGGUCGUUAGGUAUUGUUUAAGAAUCACAAAUAAAAUAUUAUUAUACAGCCACUGUAAAAAUGUAUCAUAAAAUGCAGUAAUUUACGAUAACGUAUUAUUAAGUAGUAUUUCAAUAAGAUUAAAUUUAUUCUUCUAAUAUUUCCCCAAAAUUUUAACUGAACUACAAUAUUAUAACUCGAUAAAUGUUCACGUGUCAAUGUUAUUUUUAUUUUUAGAUUCAAAAAUAAUAUUGUAUUCCGUGUACCAUCAGACUUAAUUCUGCGUAGUAUUUAACGCUAAAUUUAAAAAAAGUUCAAAUGUUUUACGCUAAAUUGAAUAUAACGCGUUUAAAUUCCUUAUACCGUUAAACGCUAAAUUGAUCAUAAAGUCAUAACCAGAGCUCAUAAGUUCAUGCAUUUGCAUGUUUUUUCGCUACAUAGUAAAACAUUUGUACAAAUUCGUUUCGUAACAAUAUUAUAUCUAAUGAAAAUACAAAUUUGAAUACUUUUUUUUUUGUUUAUUUUGGGUAUACUGACUUAUUUGGCACACAAUAGACUUUUGGAGUUAUUAACACACAUAGUUCGUAUACAUUGAGGAAAUUAUUGUUAACUGUUAUUUACUUUUUUGCGCGUGUUUACAAAAUCCAAAAUUGCAGUUAUUAAUGCAUUAAUACGUGCUUUUAAUUCGUUUUUUGAUGCACGAACUUGCGAUCUCUGUUCAUAAAGUUUAGAUUUCUUACAACGGAAAACAAUAUUAUUAUUUUUUUAUUUAAACACUGAUUUUAUAAGUAUAACAUUUGUUUGGUUAUGUAAAUAAAAAAAAAAAAACGUAAUGCAGUAGUUUUUUUUUAUAAACAAUUUAAGUUUAAAUUUCGAUGAAAAUCGUAAAUAUCGAAUUUCAAAACAUGUUUAACUGUAAACUUCACUUAAAUUCAUUAUUAGAAUCGGUAAUUUCAUUGUUUCAUUUUGAAUGUGGCUCGAUCGUACAGCCAAAAAGAUAAAACGUGCUCAAUCGUACGAUAACCAAUAUAUCACGCACCCGGUAUACUGCAUUCCAAUGCGUAUUAUAAUAUAAUAAUAUAUAAUUGUAGAUCGCAGAGGGUAUAUUUUUUUAACUUGGUCUAAAAUAAACGAUCGAAUUACUUGUGUAUACGAAUAAUAAUUGUAUUCGUUUGAAAAUCAGUAUUUUUUUUAUGAACCACGAUAAUACAAAACCAAAUUAAGAUAAAUCGACGAUUAGUAGAUACAAAUUUACUUAAACGCACCGCCAACACUGUAAUUUUGGGUAGAUAAAGAUACUUAUAUACAUAUAAACAGUAAAACACUAAUCAUAAUAUUCAACACCACGACAAAUUUUACGUCUACAUCAGCUAUACUUUUACUCGACAAGGUUUCUAAUCACUUAGAUAUAUGUAUGUUGUUAUAAUAGUUUAAUUUUAGCAAGAAUUCCAACAGUUUGAAACAAAAUAUGAACACAAUAUAUUAUAAAUUAUUUGUAAAAUAAAAUAAACCGAAAAAAGGCUGAUAGCAGUAGGUAUCUGCUAAUAAUUGUGCCACCGUUUUAAAAAGGAAGUUGGUAGAGAGAAUAUAUAGAGUAAUUUAAUUUAUAUCUAUAAACAACCAUGAACAAUAAUUACUAACGGAAAAAGAUUUCGAGUAGAGUAUUAUUAGUAGUAUUUAUUAUUGUGUUGACAAGAUAACCCAGUUAGGCCAGUUGGUGGCAAGUUUUUCCCAUUUAUUAAAAAAAACUACAAAAAAAAUUAAAAAAACGAAAUUACAUAUCAUAUAUUAUAAUUUUUUAAAGCGGCAACACUGGAAAUAUUUCGAAUAUUAUUCGUGUUCGAUUUUUUUUUUUUUUUUUUUAACAAAAGAAGUUGGAUUUUAAUUUGAUUUACAUAAUUUUUAUUUUUUUGCUAAUUACAAAGUUAAUUUAACAUACUUAUAUUAUUUUUUACUUGUUUUUUGUCCUGCAAUCAAACAAUAAUCUAUUUAAUGCAAAGACCGCUCAUAUUUUACUCGGUUUGUUUGACAAUAUAUUAUACGUAAAUAAUAUAACGUGGGUAGUAGCUAAUAUUAAAUAUUAUUAUUUAUAAUUAAUGUCUGCCUAGGAAAAUCUACGAAAAUUGUGUUUUUAUCAAAUCAAGUCAAUGAACUUCAUGAACGGUUAGGUUAGGAUAGAUAGGAGAAAUGAAAAAAAUAAUUUCUAACAAUAAACGAAAUAUUUAAGGAAAUGCUGAAAAUUUUCGUAAAUAAUGAAAUAUGUAACAGAUUCAAACUUUAAGUUAAAUCGGCACUGGUUAACUUCAUUUGAUUGAUCUAAAAAUGUUUUGUAGUUAAUUUUUAUGUAUAUACACACCCAUAUAGAGGGUGAGAUAAAACAUAUUAUAUUUUUUUUUCCAUGAUAUAUAGAACACCCUAGUAGGUACCUACCGCAGCGUGAUUUGCAGAAAAAAUGUGAGGCGUUUUUGUUAGGUAACUAUUAUAAUUUAAUAAACGCACGUUGCGUAGCUGGCUGACACUCGAAUCGCACUCGCGAUGGAUUCGCCGAAAAAAUAAUAUGUAAAACUAGAUGGAAAAACCAUAUUACCCUGCACAGGGGUAGGUUUCGGUAAGAAACGUAUUGGCGUCGGUAUCAACGAACCGCACAAAGAAACGCCGAGUAUAAUAUACAGCAACGUGCCCCCGAAUCAUAUCGUCCAUGAAUAUAUAGCGAACACUGUAUAUAUAGGGUAAUUUUAGAUUCCGAGCGUAGCGAGGGAGCUAUUGGUUUUACUAAGAUGUUUAUUUCAUUUUUGUUUAGUCCGUGGACACGUUUUUUCCUAGUAAACUUACUCAGAUUUGUAUGUGUAACAACUUUUCUGAAAGCUCAAGUUGUCUAGAUGGUACUUUAGAGAGGUAAUUUUUUAAUUUUCGACGCUAUUUUUUAAAUCAAAGCACUUGAAUGGGAAAAAACGUAGGAAAAGAUACAAUUUCACGUUUUCAUUAUCUCAUAAAUACAUGGACGUUUUCUACCAGAAAAAAAAAUUUAAUCGAAAAAUCACAAGGUACCUUUUUUGUUGUUUUUUCGAUUUAAUUUCUUACGGUGUCAUCGCUAAAACUUUUGAGCCAAUUUUGAGUAUUUAAGGAAUUUUAAUUUUUGGGCGUUUUUUUCUGUAAUUUGCUUAUAAAUAAAUAUAGAGACUUGAAACUUGGUAAUAAUAUUUAUAUUAUACUUACCUAGGCGUAGUAAAAUUUCCAAAAAUCAGCGGAAAACUUUUUUUCCACUUUUUUAAAUUUUUUACCAUGAUACUUUAUUAUUAUUCUUUUAUAAUAAUAAUUUCAUAAUAAUCGGGUAAAAAAUGUAGGAAAAAAAUAUAAUUUCAUGAUAUUAUUUUACAUUGAUACGGAAAACGUUUAUUAUUAAGAAAAACGACAAGAAAUCUUUUUUGUGUCAUUGUACAUAUUAUUUCUCAUAGCGCAAGUUGUUUUUUUAACUUCAUAAUAAUUUUUAAAAACUAGAAAAAACUAUGUAGUUGUAAUUCAGUUAAAAAUAUUUGUAGUGACUUGAAAAAUGGACAAAAUACUCACAUUUCGUAAUCAAAUUUAAACGAAAAUUGCAAAAAAAUUACGACACUACAAAUUAUGUACUACCGAAUUGUGCUCGGAAUCGUCUUUCGUCAAGUAAUGUUUUAUCGUUGCUUAUAUAAAUGAUAUAAAUGAUUGAUAAAUUGAUAUAAAUGAAAUAACCUUAUGUAUUCUACCUUUCCAACGUCUAACCUACAACAGUGGCCGCUCCCAUCCCCAGUAUCAGCUCUUUCUUUUUGUACAAUCCAGCAAUUUUUUUAGAGAAGAUUUUUAAGAUAAAUUCUAUUUGUGUUUUAAAUGCUUUAUUUUAGGGCGUGACCCGUUUUGCCCAAACUUGAACUUUGCCAUUUCACCCAAAUAAAUUUUGGUUAUUUUAUAAUUAAGUUGGCAAUAGUUUUUGUGUAAAAUAUAGAAAAUUAUUUGAAGUCAUCACAAAAAAAAAUCAUUAUUUUUUAAACAUUGUACACAUGCUUUUUACAAACUCAUACCUAGUUAUUUCAUCAGAUCUACACAUAUAAAAGUAUUUUAAAGACAUUUAAAAAUAAUAUUCUUUGUGUUUCAAUAAUCAUUAAAGAUUUUCAGCUUCAUUUUCAAAUUUCUAAAAUGUGUUAUAAUAUGAGAUAUAUAUUGUUGACAAAGUUACACUAUGAACCGAACUCUGCAUAGAAUCGUUUUUCGUUAACAACGAUUAAUCGUUGCGCACAUUGAAUUUCCCUUCUACCUUCCCAACUUCUCACCUACAUCAGUGACCUAUCCGCGUGCAAAGUAUGACCGUCUUUUUUACACAGAUUCAAAAAAAAAUACGAGUUUAUCAACAUUUAAACUGAAGAAAUAUCUGAAGGAAUAGUAAUACUCGUACAUUAUAUUCUUUUAUCAAUGUUUAUUGUUUAAUGAUAACCUUCCCCUAUUCCUUUGGUUGAAAUUUGUAAAAUAUGGUUAAUUUAAUAUUAUCGGUAAGCCUGGCCCACAUGAUUACAGCGGUCAGAACCUGCUGUAUAGUAAGUGGGCGGAAAUUGUUUUAGUCAUCACUUACCUUUUCUAUAGAAUGUCAAUGAAUCGUGCACAGGGAUGGUUAAUGUAUAUUAUGGUAUUUCCACACGUAUCGGCAAGUGGCUGGCCGACUAUAAAAUGAUCCAGCACAUACGCGAAUGUCAUAAAAAAAUUGUUUGUACAAUUUAUCAGUCAACAGGGAGCCAAUAGCCAACAUUCACGCAAUUAUUUAAAUGUUUAUUAUUCCAUGACUAUUAACCAAUCCAAUAUUUGUCAAACGCAACAUUGGUCAAAUACACCAGUUGUAUGGAACCGAAUUUAUACAUAUUACCAAGUAUUAGAAAAUUAAUCCCUAAUGAAAUCCGGUAUUAAAAGAGCCCUUUGCCGUUCAAAUAUUAAAAGUUCAUAUAAUUACGUGUUUAUGGUAUACUCAAUACUGAAUAAAGAUGCAAUUUGAAAAUACUACACAUAAUAUCAUUUUUAUUAUACGUGAUUCAAUAAAAUAAUCAAAAAAAUCAAUAUCAGUUUUAUUCAAAAUUAUCUUAGAUAUAAUAGCUGGAUCAUGGUAAAAACCAAAUUCUACCCUGUAUAUUAUUAUAUCUCCCCCACCUCUGAAUCGAAUUUCGCCAAAAGAUUCUUCCUUUUUAUAGACUGCCUAUAUAUAUAGGAAACCAUCAUUUAUUUAUAUUGAAAUCCGUUACCGUGGUUAUGUUAUAGGUUACUUAACCUACGGCGGAUUCUCUUUUCACGGCCCGAAUACAUAGAUAUAUUCCACUAUAUUUUAUAUAUUAUUAUGAUUAUUAUACAUAACGAUACACAAACACCUCGAUUACCAACCUUCGACAAAUAUCCGAGAGACGAGUCCUAUAUAACGAACUUUCUACCUACGCUGAUCAAUUAGGGAUUUUUUUUUUGUGUAUACAGGAUGAUUCACUAAGCAAGCUCAUCCCAUAUUUUUUGUUAAAUUUCGCAUAUAUUCAAAUUCUUAUUUUUGGAAUUUUUAAGUGUGGUGAAAGCCAAUAUUUUCGGAUACACAGAUUUUUCACAACAUUUAAGGAGUAUACUACGGCAAUACCAACUUUGGUUUUUCGAAUGAGAACCUUUCAUUAAAAGUUCCAUAAAUAGAUAAAAAAAAAUUACUUUAAAUACAUUGAGGAGUCAACAUUUCUGAUUUCCGUCAACCUGUUGACGUGAUAUUUUACUUUUAAGUUUAGGUUGGAGGAGAGUAGUGGAGCAAUAAUAUAAAACACUGCACGCCGUGCCACCACACAAAUGAUAUUCUACUACUCUCCACCUACUUAACUUAAAAGUGAAAUAUCUCGUCAAUGAGUAGACGUAAAUAAAAAUAUUGACACCAAAAUACAUUUAAAGUAAUACUUCAUCUAUUUAUGAAACAUUUAUUAUAGGUUCAUAUUUGAAAAGCUAAAGUUGGUAUCGCCGAAAAUACUCCUUAUAUGUUAUGAAAAAUUUAAGUAUCAGAAAAUUUUAACCACUUAAAAAUUCCAAAAAUCAGAAUUCGAUUGUAUGCAAAAUUUAACCUAAAAAAUGAAGUGAGUACGUUUAAUGAAUCAUUCUGUAUCUAUAUAUAUAUAUUGGUAUUUUAUUCCGAGUAGAGUGACGCAGCUAUUAUUACAGAGGUUAUUUUAAAUGGAUCUUAAAUGUAUCGUAUUUAAUAUUCAUAUUUAUCGAGCAGAUAUUUCAAAACAAUUGUAUAAAGUAUUAAAAAUAAAAAAUAGUCGGUACUGCUAAUGGGUGUACCAUUCUUAUAGACGACUAGUUGUGAAAAUAUGGUACAUAUGUUAUUUAAUUUAUAACUGAACGCAAUGAUUAUUCAUUGUUGACGAAAAACGAUUCUGAAAGGAAUUAGAUUAGACACAUUUUUAAAUUUGGUACAAGAUUCAUAAUGAGUUGUACUAAUAAAUUGUGUUAAUAACUUUAGUAAAACAAAAAAAGUUGAGCGUUAUGUCUUGAAUUUGAUGUAUCAUAGAAUGACACGACAGUGGACGAGUGGUGGAAGCAGGAUUAGACAUUUUUACCAUGGCGUGCUCAUAUGCACAUUUGUUAAUGAUUCAAUCACUUCAAAAACUACAAAAUAAGCUAGAACAGAAUAUUAAUGAUUUAAAAAGAUGUAGUGACUUUGGUGGUAAAUCAAUUUACAUUUAUUAAAAUGUAUUUUAUUACAUACAUUCUUUUAAAUUUAUGGUAUGAUAUAAAUUUAUACAAUCUCCUCCGGAAUACAUAUAUUUAGAGAGCAUGAUUUCAACUAUAAAAAAACGGACAGGAAAAAUGUCCUAUCACUAAAACUUGUAUGAUAUUUAUGUUAUAGAAACUCAUCCAAUUUGUAUUAUAAUUAUAUAUAAAAACUUAAGCAUAAUAUAAUUUUUUAGAUUCGUGAUUUUUAGGAAGCAAUAGUUUCGAGCAAUAAGUUUUCGAGUAUAUAGGUGAUGAAUAUUUUUGGAUAAAUAUUGUGCAACUGGAAAUAUUUGAAACAUGAAUCUGUAUUUUUUUCAAAUUUUUUUUUAAGGUCCUAAAAAAACAAGCGAUCUUUUUUUGUAAAUCAAACGAAGAAAUUCUUUCUUUGGCGGUUUGGCUUAAGGUACUUACAAAUUUCCCAAAUGUUCCUGAAGUGGUGACGAGGGUAUGAUUAGGUUAGUCGUAAUGACUUAUUUUGUAUUGGUAGGUAACGCGACGUGUAAAUUUAAACGCAGAAAAACUGCUACGUACCAACAUAAUAGUAUCGUUAACUACUCUCAAAGUAGUUAACUGGAAUAAGUAAGUACCAUUAGGUAUUUACCACAAAACAAAAAACACGUGUUAAUAUGUCAUACCAUGUAUACGCAGACGAUAGAGUUCGUGAUUUGAGCGGUUUUGAGCGUUUCACUAAAAAUUAAGUAUCAAAUCGUCGAUUUAGAAAAUAUUUCAACAACGAUAAUAUGCGAUAACGAUAAUAAUGGAUAUAAUAGUCUAAAUCAGUUUCAUAACGAGGAGGGCAGGGAGGGUUAUAAUUCACCUCUAAAACAUAAAUUACUUUGUUUUACAAAUUCUGCGUAAUACGUAUGAUAGUUGUAUAAUAUGUAAUGCAAUAUGACAGACAUUUUCUUAGAAUUUUAAAUAUGUAUACAUUGUGCAUGCCAUCAAUUUAUAGCUAUUCUAAAAAACUGUCCAGAAAUUUGUCCAACUUAAGAUUGUAUAAUAUUUUACAUAUUUUCCCGUUUUCCUACAUUUUUUCUCAUAAUUUUUCACGGUUUUUGCGUUUAUUAUGAAAACAACUGGAAAAAUCAAAAACUUGAUUAAUGAGAUUAUUAUUUGUAAAUAUUGUUUUCUAUAAAUUAUUAAACGGAUCUUGUUUUGACUUUCAAACCGCUUUUAAAUUAUAGAUUGUGUUUACAAAAAUGUUUUUUUUUUUUUUUUAUGUGCUCAACUUUUCUAUCAAUCUACCAGAAGACUUGCUUGGAUUUCUAUACGUAACACUUUUUCUAAAAGGAAAUCGGCGUGGAGAGAUUCUUUAAACAACAACGAAAAUGAAACGUAAGAAAAACGGGAAAUGUACGAAAAUAAUGUUUUUAUUAUUUUUCAAUUUUGUUAUUUGCUGUAAUUCAGUUUAUAUUCCUCAAUUAUAAUUGAUAAAAACCAAAAGUACCUCGUAAGUGAUACUUGUGCAUACAAAUCAUUUCCUGUCAUAAUUUCUAAAGUAUGUUUAGAUAAUCCUAAUUAUAAAACAUCAAUUGAUUCUAAUCAGCAUCAAUUUUUAAAUUUUUGUAAAACCUUAGCUAUUAUAUGGACCUUCAUUAUUAUACAAGGGUCGUUUAAAAAUUCUUCAGAUUGUUUAAGAAAAACUGUGGUGUCUGAAAUCAAAAUAAUUAACGCUGAGUGUAACGUUACAUAUAUAGUAUUAGAACUCUUAAAAGAUUUUCCUUCGUGUUAUUUAAUUUUUUUUUUAUGUUAUAAUAAAAAGCUGUCCUAGGAUAAGGAGGAAAAGUGCAGCCACUGUUGUAGGUGGGGAGUUGGGAAGGUAGGAUAUAGACGAUAAUUUAGCGUAUAUCUGUAAGCAUCGAUUAACCGUUGCAAAGAAAAAAAAGAUUCUGAGCGGAAUUCAAUUGUUAAUGUUGCAUUUUCAACAAUGCAAUACAUGUUAUAUUAUGGUAAAAUAAUUGCAUAGGCAUUUUUUUUAAUAAUAUUUAUUUAACAGUGUGUCUAUUAUCCCGUUAUCUUGGUACCCCAUGUUUUUUCCAUUUUUUGAGAAAACUCCUUGGAAAAUCGAAAUAUGACUUCACUAAAAUACAUCUUCAGUCAGAUUUAUUUUCAGAAAAAGUGCUACGAUUGUAAAUCGAAGCAAUAUUUCUGGUAGAAGUGUUGUUCAUAAAUAAAAAAAAACUAGUUAAGAAAAAUCUGUAGUUAAUAUUUUUAGUGAUAUGGAAAUAUUUUUUUUCUUGUAAUUUUAUUUGUAAUAGUGAAUAUAUUUAUUAUAACGUCAUUUAAAUUUAUUUUUUUUUUUUUAGUAAAAUUUGAAAUGUUUUAGUUAUUUUAUUAUUUGAUUUAUUCAAUUUAUUUAUUAUAGACAAUUCUAAUUACUUUUGGAAUAUUAACACUAAGUUCUCGGAUGGGUUUUUUUUUCGUAAUAUAAAUGUAUAUACAUAUUAAGUCAGAUAAUUCUAAAUUAGUCAUUGUAUAUUUGUCCAGAAACCAUCAAUAAAGUCGAGAGUAUUUUUUGUUUUGGGCAGUACGAUAGUUUAUACAUUUGUUAAAUUGCACUAAUAUAUAAUUUGAAAUUGUUUACAAUCUGUAUAUGUACAAUCUAGAAACAAGAUUGCGUGACGUAUAACUUCCCGUAUAACAUUGUGAUACGGUGUGAAAGGGGCCGUCAACUACAUAGAAAUCAUAAUCCUCUCUAUUUAUUUUUGAUUUAAUGGCCGAGUGGGGCAUUUACAAAUUCGGAAACUGAAUUUACAAUUAUUUACAAUGGAUUUUCAAUUGUUUACAAUUUGUCCGGAUGCAAUCAGUCAAAGUGGGAGGGCAACUUCUCGUAUGUGUUAUAAAUGACAAAAUUAUGUUAUGAACGAUUUCGCUGGUUGUUUUAACAUUUUCCAUUCGAAUAUUUGCUUCGUAAAUUUUACAGGAAUAAAACAUUUCAAAAUUUAAAAUACAUUUAUUUUUUAGAUUUCAAAUUUAGAGAUGAAGUUACGAGUUCUACUCAUAGAUGUGUGUUAUUAUUCUUGGAAAAUAUUUUUAGAUUAGUUAAAUUGCCCCGAUUUUUGUAUGAUAAAGCUUAAAAUAUGUGGAUUUCUUUUGCAGUGGUUAGUUACUUGAAAAAAAAAAUUCAGAUUCUCAACAGUUUUUCUAUCAAAUGACCACAAAUAUCAAACAUCGAUUUUAUUUUUGUUGAAUUCUGGGUUACUUUGGUGUCAAGGAAGAAAAACACGACUAAUUAUAUUAUUAAUAUUUCGCUCAUAAUAGUUUUUUAAUUAUAUUGAUUCAUCGUUUAAUCAUCUCAUUGACUACAGUGGCCUAUAUCUAUAGUGUAAAAAACACCGAACUUUUAUAUUAUUAUAUAAUAUAAUGUUAGGUAUAUAAUUAUUUACAAAAAAUUAGUCGUAUUGUUUUCUCCAAAUAUAUUCUAUCGGUGGACGGUAAUAAUAUUUCGAUAUCAAUAAAAAUCAGAUUACGAUUUAACUCUCAUUAAAAUGGUCAUAAAUAGACCAACCAAAAUAAUUAAAUUUGUACAGUUUUACGGUCAUAGCAAAAUUAUAUGAAUAAUGAGUCGAAAAAAUUGAAACGACAGACAAGUCGUAAUUUAUACCUAACUCACUAUUGUGUAUAUCUCUCUCUAGUCUAUGCAGUAACGUCGGUUAUCUCAUAAAUCCGGUGAAAAUAACAUUCCUAUUUGUCUAAUUUUCGCGACAGUCAAAUACAGAAUUAUAAUACAAUUGCCUCCAAAUGUAUUUCGCACGAAACAAAAACAAAACAGGUAGGUAUUGAAUGUCUCAUAAAUGAUAAUCUUAUUCGGUAAAAUGUAAAAACACGUUUACGCAAAAUAGGCCUUUAUAACAAAUGUUGAAAUAUAUGAAAGAGUUGAAAUAUUUAUGAUAUAAAAAUCUAGAGAAUAUUUCGAAGUGAUCUAAAAUACUAUAUUAUAUACGUUUUUUAAAAUAAUUAGAUGGUAUCAAAAAACGAGAUAACGAUAAACUAUUAUUAUUGCAUAGUGUCAUAACUCAUAACUCAUAACAUUGCACACUAACAACUAAAAACUACAGAAUUUGGUGAUACCUAAAUUACAACUCUAGUGACUUGACGAUUGAUUAUUUUGCCGUAAACCAAAAUUUCUUAAAAUGUGAUAAGAAAUUCAUAAAUUGAAUGAAAGGAAAGGUUAGGUUUGUGGUGAGUAAAAACCGCGAAUACAGUACUUUUACGUCGGUAAAAAAAAAAAAAAAAUAAUAAUAAGCUACUUUGUACAAUUUUUACACAGAUUUACUCUAGCGAAUUUUUUAUAACACACCGGUUUUGAAGAAAUCUAAACCGGUUUACUUCAAACGAAUUUCUCGAUUCAAUAUUUCAUUUCCUCGUAAAUUGUUUAUGCUUCUAUUUCAAAAUAGAUACAGUUACCACGCAGCAACCUAUAUAGUAUAAUAGUAUUUAUAUUAUUAUGAAUAUUAUUUUAUUUUUCGUUUGUUGAAAAUGUAAUAUAACAUUUCUCGUACCUAUACCGUAUAUAAAACCAAAGUCAAGUCUGCAUACGAAUACAAACAAAUCGGUAAAACAUAACACGCCAACAAGUUUACGUCUGGCUAUGAAAUAUGACGUGGUACCUCGAACACGUAUUGAGAACGUUAACACUUCAGACCGGUGUAGUUUUAUUGAGCAUAUUGUUUAUUGUAAGGAAAUAUCGAUUGCCUUAUACUUAUGAUGAAUUAUAAUCAGUGGUGUUUUUAUAAGGUAUAAUAUGUAUUAUGUAUAUUACAUACAGGCCGUUUACUUUAAAUAUUUUGUUAAAAAAAAAUACGGGUGUACAGUGUACUGUGUAUAUUCUCAAAUAGUUUUUCAAAUAAAAAAAUAAAACCAUCACGAUAUAUUAUCAUCAUUGCUCGUUCAUAUACCAUUGGGGCCACUAAAACUAUUAAUUUUAUAAAAAUUAAACGUAAUUUUAAUUAAAUUUGUGUACAAUCAAUGUAUUAUCUGCCCUUAAAACUUAUGGUAUAAAGUAUAAAAUAAAUCAUGAGCAUGUAAGAUGUAGGAUGCUAUAUUAUACCCUUAAAUUGUACCUUAAACCACUGGUUAUAAUAAAGAAAAUUCGAGAAUAAUUUGUUUUAUAGCAUUGCAAAUCGAUUUUUUUUCUAGACUCUGUCAGUGUGCGUUUUAUUGGUUAACGCGACGUUCUUCGAACUGCAACAGCCACGUAUGAUUAUCAUUAAAAAAUAAAUAAAUAGUGUGUUCACGCCAACCGAUAUAGAGAAUGUUUUAUUUAAGAAGACAAGUUAUAAGGACACGUUUUGAGUCAAUUUUCAACAUUUUUUAUCAUUCGCGUUGCACGCAAUUAAAUAAACAUAAAAUUAUUAUGUUUUAAUACAACCGAUGAUAUAUUAUGUUAUUAGCACCAAAAUUUAGUAUUCCUAUUUUUUUUCAAUUCAAAAAGUGAUUGUAAGAAUUAAAAAUGAUAGUUAUUUCAUGAAACGUUUGACAAAUAUUUUCUUCUAUUUUAGAAGAUCGUACAUGGGAUAUGACGUGUAAUAAUAGGUUAUUUAAAUUAAAAUAAAUUUAGAUGUCCGGAAAUUUUUGAAAUUUUUGAAAUAGAAACAAAUUGUGCCAUUCAAAGUUACUGUUUAGAAAAAAAAAAUAUACAAGUCAUUAUGAACAAAAUAUUAUGUACCUAAGUUUUAUCGCAUUAUUAAAAAUUGACUCGAAAUGUGGGUAACAUAUUUUGGUACCUACCCAUCCAACUUACUCGAAAAUACUUAUUUCUAUCAAAGCCAAUCCGUUCGGAUAUUUAUUCGUAUACGUUUAUCUCUUAUUACAGCGAGAACACACACGGUGUAGAUAUUUUUAAACGUAUUAUUUGUUAUUAUUUACAUUGCCGUUUUGUUUACGAUAAUGUACAGUGGCCUGGAUCAUUAUGUUCCUGUUUGUUUGCUGUAUGAUCUUUAUUUGGUCAAUAGCGUUUUGGGGCGCGUACAAAGUAAAAUAUUUGAAAAUGUUUAUUCACGAAAAAACUUUAAACGCCUGACCUAAUCUAUAUUUAUAGUACAAAUCUCUGUGCAUAAUAUAUUAUAGGAAAUCCGUACCGGAAUUACCACGGCUACGGUUUUGUGGUCGGUUUACGUGAUACUUUGGAUAGGCGUAGUCGUUUGGUCGUUUGCGAACGCGCGGGACAAGUAAAUCCUAACUUAACCUAUAUAACGGUGAAAAAUAUACAACACAACGUGUUUUUCGGCCAGCAGGAGAUUUUGCAUCGAGUCAAGGUGUCCGGACGUACUGUGGCUGAUAGACAACGAUUGGGGAUAUGGUCCCAUCGAAAACAUACAACCCACGAGUUCCGAUUUGCACGGACAGGAAAUCAAGAAUAAUAUCAAAAACAAAGGUCAGGUACCCCAGUACUCGAAGGUAAUGAAAUAUCCGAAUAACGACGGCGGUAAUAUUAUGGUCACCACGAUAGCUGUGAGAAAUAAUAAAACGUCGAGACUUGAGAAUAAUAAACAAAAUAUUCCCAAUUCAAAUACUACCCCCUCAACGUUAUCGAAUAUUAUGGCUGACGGACAUUUGGAAAAAUUAUUGGAGUUUAAAAUAUUAGAGACUAAUUAUAUAAAGAAAUUUUGUGGAACACAUUCGAUGUCCGAUAGUCGAUGGGGUAUAACGUUGCCCAUAAUAACAUCGAUAGUUUAUGUCAGUAAGUGGUCAAAAAAUAACGACAAAUUUGACAUCAUAUUAAAAAAAAAUGUAAUAUAAUAUUUCAAUUUUACAGUAAUAUCGCUGUUUUCGUGGAUGAUUUUGAUCAGUUACCGACAUGAAAUGAAAUCUCAAAUCACCGUAGUACUGUGAACAAUAGAAAUUUAGAUGGCAAAUUAUUAGAUACAAUUAUGUAUUUAAAAACAAAUAACACGAGAUACCGCAAGAAGUUUUUCAAAUAAUAAAUACAUAUAUAAUGAACAAAAGUACAAACUUUAAAAAAGACUCAAAAUCAAUCAAAUACUUAUAGUGGCAUAACAUUUCCGAGGAAACCUUACACGAUGGUACGUUUUUCAAAAUAUCGAUCAAAAAUAUCACACGAGGUUCCCACGGAAAUGUAAUUGCCAUUUAGAUAUUUUUCCAUUGGAUGUUUAAUAUUUAAAAUUAUGUGAACGUUACAAGUGGUUAUAAAUUAGUACAUAAUCGGUGCAAAGAUAAAAUGUCGUCUACUAAACACGGAUAUAGUGAUAAAGUGGACAUGUACAUGUCUGGUUCGACCAAAUUUUGCAGAGAAAAAAUAUGACAAUUCUCAAACAAAUGUAUGUUAUGUUUAUCUUUACGGUUCUUAGUUUUGUCGAAUAAUUUUGAAUAGCAGACUUGUCUCGUUUUCGCAUUGAGCCUUAUAAUUUCAAAUGCUGCAGUAUUCAGUCAAAAAUAAACCAACAAGCCCGCGCAAGUAUAAUAUUUGAAAAAGGUAUUGUAUACUAAGGUAUAGUAAGGUAUUGUACCGUAUGAAUUCAUAUCGCCGUACCUACAUACAAUAUUUUAUAGUUUUUUUGAAAUAACACGCACGCGUAUCAACUGGAAAUUUAAUCUGAUAAUAAUUUAGUUUGUUUAUGCCCGUGUAACAUUAAUCGCACACUACACGGACAGGCAGGUACCCGUGUAUAUAAAAUUAUAUAUAUAUAUAAAUAUUGUAUACAUGUACAUAUAUAUAUAUAUAUAUAUACACAUGAAUCUUAUUUCCACUAUCCAAAACGCGCGUAUUGUAGGUAUACGUGCUACAAUAUUAUACUAACGUACUUAAAUAUUUCAAGACCACUUGAAUAUUGUGUAUCAGUAGUGUUACGUCUAUUUCAUGGAAAACAAUAAUUGUUUACGUAUUUUACCUACCGUCUCGAGUAGGUAUACAAUUUUUUAAAACAUUUUUAUUUGCUAUUUUUUGGCUGCGAGAGUCAUCGAUUUACUAAGAGAUAGGUAAUAAUAUUUUAAUAAUUACCUACUUACAUCAAACAAAACGCAUAAAUCGUGUACAUUUUAUACUUUUAUGUUUUGUGUAUCAAUUUCAUAUUUAACCGAUCAUUUUGACCGCACACGUCCAUGUACCUAAAUUAUAUAUUUCGUAUCAAAGUCUUCGUCGUCGAAACAGACAUUAUUAUCGAGGGUAAGUAAUGAUUUUUUUUUUUUUUUGUCUAACAAGAUUUUUCUUAUAUUGAUUAUUAUAGUAUUAUAAUAUCGAAGUUAAAAUAAUCAAAAAUUAAUAGCUAACAAAAAAUAAACCUGAUUGAAUGUUUAUCAAAAGCAAUCAAUAAAGGAGAGAAAGCAUUCUGUAUAUUUUUAGUAAAAGUUUCCGAUACUAUAGAUCAUAAUUUAUUAUCUAAAGUUUUUAUUAGUAACGGUAUAAGUGGUUUGUUUAAGUUGGUUUAAAAGCUAUCUUAAUAUGAGGAAACAAAUAACCCAUGUAAAUGGUCUACUAGGUCAGGAAAAUGAUAUUCUGUGUGGAGUACCUCAGAGAAGUGUCCUAGGGCCUAUAAUGUUUACAAUGUAUAUAAGAUAUCAAAUGCAUCUUUUUGUAACUGCCCAAAGAUGAAUAUAGUGAAAAGAAUUAAAUAUUAAAGACUUUUAUUGGAUUGUAACCUUAAAUGUAAUGUCCAUAUAAGCAGCUUAACAGUAAAAUUGCGUUCUACAAUGUUCAAAUUUUAUAAAUUAAAAUACAUAAUUUCACCGAAUACUCUGAGGAUAGUUUAUCUAUCCUUAUACCAAUCUAUAAUUAAAUAUGGCAUGGUAAUUUGGAGUGGUGCGUCUAAAAUUGUUCUUAAUCCUUUAAGAGUUCGGCAAAACAGUAUAGUUUAAAGAAGGACAAUCUCUUAGGGUCUACCAAAUCGAAUUAUAAAGAAUAAUUUAAUGUGUUUCCGCUUGAAUUGCACCUACUGUUGUAGGUGAGAAAUUGGAAAGGUAAGAUACAUAAGGUUAUUUCAUUUAUAUCUGUAAGCAACGAUAAAUCAUUGCUGACAAAAGAAUUUCCGAGAGCUGUUCGGUAAUACAUAAAUUGAAGUGCCGUAAUUUCUUUAAGAUUUUCAUUUAAAUUUGAUUUUAAAACGCUUAUUAAAAAAAAAAGUCGUCUGAUGAUUUUGGAAAUUUUACCACGUCUAGGCAAGUCCAAUAUAAGUAUUAUUACCAAGUUUCAAGUCUCUAGGUGUAUUUAUAACCGAAUUACAGCAAAAACUCCCAACAAUUAAAAUUCCUUAAAAGCUCAAAAGUUUUGGCGAAGAAAAAAUUACCUCUUAAGUAAAAUUCAGACAACUUUAACUUUCAAAAAAGUUACUACACGUAAAAUCGGAGCAAAAUUACUAAGGAAAAACGUGUCCACAGACUAGAACAAAGAAAAAUGAAAUAAACAGCAUUGUAAAACCAAUAGCUCUCUCGCUACGCUUGGAAUCUAAAAAUAAGAGUAAAUUACGAAAACAAAAAACUGUUUAUUUGUGUCUAAUAUUUAUCUACAAACAGGUAUUUCAAAAUAUCGUAGAUACCAUUUCGAUUUUUGAGUAUAAUUUGAACAUAAUUAAAAUUUUGUCAAUAACAGAUUAUUCGUAAAUAUUAAAUUUCAACAUACCAUAAUUCUGCCAAUUUUGUAAUUAGAAUAAACUUUUUAUAAAAAAAAACUAUUUUAAAAAAAAUACACGCUAUCCGAAUCUGUGAAAAAAAAAUGGUGUUGCCGUCUAAAGAAAAAUAAGUUGUAUUACGUAUGGGCGUACCGAAAGGGUUAAAAAUUUGAAAUUUAUUUUAAAAUGUGUAUUUGGGUACUCCCUAUUAAUCUCUGAAAAUUCCAUUUCAAUACUAUGUCAACCAACUGAAAUAUUUAGUUGUUCCUCUUAACAUGAACGCACUGUACAUGUAUUACCCGAUGAUGAAUUUUUAAUUUGAAACCGGUCGUACAAUACACAUGUAAUAAUCCAGGCGACGCAUUCAUUUAUUUUUUUAUUAUUUAUUUACGAGUACUAACCAUUUAAUUUAUUUUUGUUUUUACUUUAUUAUUUUAUUGUUGUGUAUAAUUUGUUAGUGUCGAGUCUUUAUUUUAUUACUCAGUAUGUAUAAUUUAAUUUAAUUUUUAUCUCGUGUGUACUAUAGCUCCCACAUCACCAUAAGCUCUGCUUAAAGGUGUAGGAAAUUAUUUAUUAAUUAAUUUAAUACUUUGUAUGUUAUACAGAAUUUAAUAUAAUAAUGUACUUAAAUAUAGGUUACCUGUAAAAUAAAAUUCAAAUUUUCUGUUUUAUGGUCUGACAUUGUUUAGAAUUUGUAUAGAGCCAAAUAAGUUUAAUCCAUAUAAAUCGGAAAAUAGUAUCUAGACGAAAUUCCGAAAUGUUACAAUUUUCAUCAAUUACACUUCAGUAAUUUUUUUUAAUACUACCAAAUAAAUAAAAUGGAUCUUAUAUCACAUUUUAGAGCAUUUGUGUUGAGCAAAAACAAUUUUAUCCACGUAUAAUUAAAGAAAAACUAAAAACUAAGAACAUUUUAAAAUGCUAUAAAUAGUUCAAACAUCGACCGAAUGUUUUGAAAUUUGUACAUAAUUUAUAACUAAUAAUGACUUCUUAAUGCACCAGUUAAACACAACUUUUUACCAAAAACUAUCCCUGAAGUUGAUAAUCGAAGUAUUAUUUUCUGUAAAAAAAAUGUAUAACGGACAGAAAAAAAAAAUUAUUAAAAAAGAAACACACGCGUGGGCAGCAGAGCUAUCGCUCGCAGAGGUAUCCAAAUUUACAUAAAAAAGCGAAUAAACGGAUCUGUGUUCGGUUUGAUCCCGUAAUUCAACCCAUAAAUGGUGGGUCACAUAGAGUUUUUGUGUUUUUAGUAGGUAUGAAAUUUGAAUUUCAGAUUCUGAUUGGAGCGAAGAUUUUACAAAGAUGUUUAUUAUUAUUUUUUUCCACCAAAAAAAUUUUAUUCUACCGGAAAUCUUGCUCCGAUUUUUAAGUAUAGUGACUUUUCUGAAAGGAAAUUGGUGUGGGAAAGUAAGUACCUCCUUUAUCUUAGUACCUCCAAGAAUUCAUUUGACGGUUUCCUUCGGAAUUUUUUCAACAAAUAUAAAAAACCAAAAAAAAAAAACCGGGAAAAUGUAAGAAAUGUAGAUAUUAGAUAAAAAUAUUAUGGCUUUCUUUUUUCCCGUGGACAACUUUUCUACCAACCAUUUUGCUUCAACUUUUAAUGGUAACAAUUUUUCUAAAAGAAAAUUUCACUGCAGGGAUACUUUAGUAAGGUUCUUUUUUUUUGGAUUUUUUUAGCAAAUGUGAGAAUAAACAUAGGAAAACCGAAAAAAUCGUAAAAAAACGGUACAACAUUAAACAAAUAUUAUUAAAAAGAAUACAUAGAGUAUACUUAAUUAUUUUACUACAAUAUGGCAUAUAUAUUGUUGACAAAUUAUCACUAUCAACUAAACUCCGCUCAGAAUUGUUUUUUCAUGAAAAAAAAUGGUUUAUUUAUGCUUACAGUUACACAUUAAAUUACCUUUGACAGUGGCUGCACCUGUCUUCAUUAUUCUAGGACGUCUUUUUUAUUAAUGGUAAAUAAGAUACUUUGGUAACACUGAUAAGAAAAAAGCAGUUGAUAAUAUCUGAUACGAUUGUCACGUUAAAGAAAUAAGACCUUUUAGAAAAAAAAAAAAAAUCUGCAAAGUAAUAACGAUUAACUGUGAUAUGGAUGGGGUGGAAUCAGGGAAACACGGGGAAACGUAUCUCAUUAAAAUACGACUCUUGUAUACUUUCGCUAGAGCAAUAUGGAUUUGAUAACAAGUAAUUGUACAAUUGAACUAACCUAUACUGAUUAUAUCGAAUAAAUAUUUAAUUAUUAAUUUAUUCGAACUUAUUUCGUUUAUACUAUUAAUAACAAUGCAUCUCAUUUAAGUGUUUGGUUCUAAGAUAGUUUUAUACAGGGCAUCCUACAACGUUAUCCAUAUGCUAAUAACUUAGUCAAUAUUCUUUUUUUUUUUUUUGUUUUUAUCGAGUUUUUUGUCGGGGGAAACAAAUGUAGAGAAAAAUUUAUUUUUUAUUUUUAUCUCUUAAUGACUGGAUUUGUUAAAUUUCAAAAAAACCAAUUUGUAUCUCUACACUGCAGGUUAGAUCAUCUAUGAUACAAACAGUGAAUCACAAAGUUAGUUAUUUCUUGUUGCUAUCAAUUAUAUAACGAUUUUAAAUCGUUUAAUUGUUUUUAUCAAUAAUCUAAAAUAAUUUGUCUGUUUUACCAUCAAAACCUCUAUAUUAUCAUUUAUUCCUUGAAAUAAUGGUUUUCUAUGUAUGAUUACAUCUGUAGUUUUAAUAUUUCUGUAUUCAGAAAAAUAUAUUCAAACUCUCAUAUUGUUCAAGAUCAUAUUUAGCACUAAAAACUACCAAUUUCACAGUAAGUACACUAUUUUUUAUAUUUGUUGUGAUUAUAUCGCCAAUGAACGUUUUGAACAGUUUUUUGUUAAUACUAAAAUAUUAUCAUCUGUAAUACAUGAUGCAUUAAAAAAUUUUUUCGUUUUUAAUUAUUUUUAUUAUUAAUGUAUCAAUCAACCAUAUAGUUCAGAUUUUAAUUUAAAGUUUUACUUUAGAUUCUGAGCGGAGCGAACAAUGUAUUUGAUUUAUACUGAUUUUUAAUUUUUUUAUGUAAACAUUUUUUCUAUCAGAAAGGUUAUUCCGAUUAUCAAGUAUAGCAACUUUUCUGAAAGGAAAUGUUCUUUAGAUGAUACUUUAAAAAAGUCAUUUUUGAAAAUUUUAAUUAAUAUUUAAGUUAAUGAAGAAACCUUGGUUUUUAGGUUAAAAAAGAUUGAAAGAUUAAAAGUAAGGUAGUCGUUGUCAACCGUUUUUAUUUAUUUUUUGUUAUUAUUGAGUUUUUAUUAUUAUUUAAAUCGUUUUUAAAUAAUCAUUGUUGUCAUGAAAACGAACAUUGUUGAAAAAGAUAAAUUGAUAAUUUAAAUUAAACUACAUACAUUGUAUGAAAUUAUUUUUAUAAGGAUAAUGAUUAGGAUAAGAAUGAUGAUUUAUCUACUUACAAUACAAACAAUUGUAAACAAUUGGAAAAAAAAUUGGUUAAUUUGUAAAUUAAUUGAAAAACACAAUAAAAAAAAGAUAAAUUAUCAAUAUCUUGUUUGAAGUAAUUUAUUAUUUAUUUAUUUUAUUAUAAAUUAAUUAUAAACAUGAAAUUGUGUAAUAAUAAAAUAUUUUUAACUACUUGCACAAAAACAUAUGUGUUUACUGAGUAAUUAGUUGUAUUUAAUAUUACGCAUUAUACUUUAUUAUGACAUGUAUUAUUGUUGACAAACCAUCAGUAUCAACUGAAAUCCGCUCAGAAUCGUUUUUUUGUUAGCAAUGGCUUAUUUUUGCUUACAGAUAUACAUUUAAUUCCCUUCUGCAUGCUACCUUCUAAACUCUCCACCUACAACAGUGGCUGUACCCACGUGCGAUAUAUGUACAUUUUUUUAUAUAAUAAAAUGCCCAAUUGAAGAAAACAGUUUUAAUUAUACUAUGUUUUACUCAGUAUACUUAAUUAUCAUAUUAAAAUAAAUUUACAUAUAAGUGUACAAUGUACCAUAAGUAAUACAAUUAUUCAAAUCAAUUUUUGAGCCAGCAUGUAAAUUGUUUUGACCCACAAAUAUAUUUCCAACACUAUUUAAAUAUACAUUAAAUAAAAAAUUAUUAUUUUAUUAUUAUUAUUAUUAUUAUAUUAUAUUAUAUUAUCAUGGCUUUAAGUUUAGUUAUAAUCUUGAUCCCAAGUUACAUUAGAUUUUGUGUGCUGCAAAGCGUUUAAAGCAUUUGAUUAGUUAUGCAAUUGGCUAAAGAUUUUAAAAAAAGAUUGUCUCUAAAAAUGUUAUUCUAUUCUGUUACCAGACCUAUUCUUGAAUAUGGUUGUAUAGUAUGGGAUCCUUAUACUGAUAAUAACUCACUGCAGCUUGAACGAGUUCAGCGAAAAUUUUUCCAUUUUGUCAUCUUCAUACUCAAAAUACAUUCACUCUACAUGAUUAUGCCUCGGUAGCUAACUUACUUGGCCUUUCCUCUCUAGCUAAGCGUAGGCGUACUGCUGGAAUAAAAUUUAUUGGUCUAUUUAAAAAACGAACCAAUUAGGCACCUAAUAGUGAGUGCCAAUGUUAACUCAAAUUUUGGUAAUUAAUAAGUUAAUUUAUAUUUUGAUUGAUAACUUAAUGUUAUAUAUAUAUUGUCCAAAUAACAUGUAUUAUUAAAUGUACAAAUGAUACAUAUGUUUAGCUAAGCGCAAUUGGCCGUGUAAUUAAAAAUGAAUAAAUAAAUAUUAUUAUUCUUAUUGUUAUUUUAUUGGAAAUUAUGAGAUGAAACUUAAUUCAUGCAGUGUAGGGUUUGAAAUAUACAUUCAUAUCGGAUCAAUAGUUUCUUAGUAAUAGUGAUUUCAACAUUUUAACAUUUCUUCUUUUGUAUUACGAUGGAAAUAAAAAUGUAAUGUUUUUCUCUAAAUUUGUGUUUCCCUGGCACAAAACCUGAUUGAAAAAAUAUAUAUUUAUCACUUUUUCUCUAUAUCUUCUGCAUGACCUACCUUAACCAAUAACCUCAAUAACAAUGAGUUCUACUCUUGUCUAACCCUAUGUGAUUGCUUUCUUUUUUUCAACAAAAUAUCAUCUCAAUUUGUUUUUUUUAAUUUUCUCUGGUAUCCCUGCCCCCCUAAGCUACCUCUUGCAAAUGUUGUACACUCACUACAGGAUAAAAUAUGGUUAACUAUUAUACAUCAAAGCAAUUUUCUCUCAUUGAAUACUUUUAGCAUUAUCGCAUUGUUGUUAAAAUAAAAUUAAUAUACACCACGAGUUAUAUAGUCGAAUGAUAUCUACUUAUCAUAAUUGUUUUAUCGCCGUCUCAUAGGUUAAAACUAAUUUUUCAACGUUUUUGUCACGAUUAUACGAUUUUUUUUUUUACUCGUGCAGUCGUGUCUACGAAUGAUAAUACGUCUAUUAUCAUUCGCGUCGUCUUAUCUAAAGUCAAUAAGAUAAAUGUUAUUACAUAAUUAAUUGAAUAACUUACAUGCACUUAUCGUGUUUUUAAAAUCGACAAAAUCGUAUUAACUCUCUGCAUACUGAUUUUCAUCAGAUAAGCAAUUACACGUGUUUUUCGAAAAAAAUUGAUACGAGAUUCCUCACGGUAUAACAUCCAACCGUAUAAAAGAAGUAAUUUACUCGUCUGCAACAGUAUAAUCACAUUUCACUUAACUAUAUUAGGAAAUAACGCUCAUGGAGCUUGAAUAUACCCACAACUUCUAGUAUGUUCGAAAGCGGGAUUAUUAUAUUACACUAAUUAUUCGACAGAUUGUUAUGUGCUUAAUAUUUUUGGCAAAUUAUUUAAAAAACCCAUUCGAUUUUAAUGCAUAUAGUAAAUAAAAUACUAUGAUAUAGUAUUUCCCAAAUGAUGUUUCGCAGAACCCAAAGGUUCCGUGAUCUAGAGCAAAGAAUGCCGUGAGGAAUUUAGGAAAAAUAAAUUAGUUUUCAAUUUGAUUAUUUUUUUAUAAUUAAAAUUGAGGAGUUCCAGAAUGCCAUACAAAGUGAUUACAAAUAUUUUGCCGGAAGUCUCGGACUACACCCACUCAUCUAAAUAUCCAAAAUAUAUGUCCACGUUAUGAAAAAGAAAUUGGGAUUUUCCAUUACAUUCCUCGCUCGGCUCAGAAUUCAAAACUAAAAGCUAGAUCCAAAAUAUUCUCAUUUAAUAAAUCAAGCUUUAUUUCUUUAUAACUUGACUGAAAUAUAAAAUUUUAUGAUCAAAUUACUAAAUAGUGUUCAUAGUUUCCAAAUUUUCAUUUUAAGGAUUUUUAUGUGCAAGUAUAAUUAAAGACGAUAUUUUCGUAUACUUAUAUUUCUCAUUUCAUUUAAAGGAAUAUCCUGUUGAUAAUACCAACUUUGGUUUUUCAAAUAAAAAACCGAAAAAAACGAAAACCUAUAUUAAAAAUUCCAUAAAUAAAUAAUAAAAUAAUAAAGUAAAAACAAAAUUAUUAAAAUGGUUAAUAAUCGUAAAUAAAUAUAUGAAUAAAAAAUGUAUUUAUGAUAAGUGUAUAUUUAUAAUACUUCAUGCGACGCAUUCAUUAAUUUAUUUUUAUUUUUAUAGAUUUAUUUAUUAUAUACAUUUUGAUGUUGACAUUUUUGAUUUCCUUUUACUCGUUCACAAGAUAUUUCACUUUUAAGUUUUUAGAGGAAAAAUAGUGGAGCAUAAGUCGUGUUGCAGCACAGUACCUGACGUUUCACUAGCAAUAGUGCUCCACUACUCUCCCCCUACCCAAACUUAAAAGUGGAAUAUCGAGUAGACGGAAAUUAUAAAUUUCAACAUCAAAAUUUAUUUUAUCUCUUACUCUGUCCAUUUAUACAAUGUUUAGCUCGUCGUAAGACGCACGGUUUUAGAUAUCUCAUUUACGAGCACGGGGUAAAUAUUUAUCCGUCAGAAAUAGUUAACAUUUUAUUGUUAAUAUGUAAUCGUUUUUGGUAAUAAUAACUCGUUAAAAUUGUAUCGUACAUUUCUUAGCAUUGUGUACAAAAUAUUUUGGCGAUUUCAAUGAAAGUUUCAUUAUACAGAAUGAUUAUAAAUGUAUAAAUAUACAUAUUAUAUUUAUAUAUAUCAGUAUUCAAUAUAUUGUAAUAAAUCUAAAAAUACAAAUUAUUACAGCUAAUAGUUGAUUUCAUAAUUACAUAAUAAUAAUAAUUACAAAUUAGUAGGUACAGGUACACAAAAAGAAAUAACAUUCUUCAUCUGCGUAAAAUUCUGGACACACGCUAAUCAAGUGGUUCCGACAUAUGAGCUUCAUUAUACACGUUGUACAGACUUUGGUUGUGUUUCUGUGUAUUCGUUCACAGAAUGAACAUCUACCUCUAAUCUUUACUUGAGAUUCUUUUGGUAAUUAUUUACCCCGUACUCUCUAAGAGGUACGGGUUAAUAUAGAUGAUUGUCAACAGGAUACUCCUUAAAUUUUGUGAAAAAUCUAAGUGUACAAAAAUAUCGACUUUAACUGCACUUAAAACUUACCAAAAUCAGAAUUUGCAUACAUGCAUAGUUUAAAGCUUAAAUGCUUGAGCAUGCUCAAUGAAUCACCCUGUAUAUUAUAUACAAAUGUACAAUGUUAUUGAUAUUGAUACUUGAAACUUAAUAUUAUUGUAUUCGGAGAUAAAUUAACAAAAUACUUGCGUUUGAUAUUAUGCCCAAAAACGAUCAGGUAUUUAUAGUAUAUAGACGUGAGUUUAAUGGUUUUUGCACAACCGUUGCCCACGGAAACUUGUAGAAUCGUUCCGGACAUUUUGUCAAUAGUAAACCUACCUAUAGCCAUAAUAAUGUCGUUGGAAUUAUAUUAAUUACUAUUCCGCUGUCGACGCCUAAAAAAAAAAACCCUGUUUUGGCGAUUGUUUUAUUGUUUAAUACAAAUAUUUAAACGGCAAAAAUAUAAAAUGUAACGUUUUUGACCAUUCGUUACAUUUUUUGGUUAGUGGUUCCACACAAUUCACGUGUGUUUAAAUUAGAUUUUUUUGUUUUCAUGUAGUUAUUUAUAAUAUUUUCGUUAGAGCACUUUAAACAGCUAAUAUGAAAUAUCCGACUGUCCUAGAUUUAGAUUAUGGAUCCUUUGGCUUAUAUUAUUAUUAUUAUUUUUUUUUUAACUAAAGUGUUGUUAUUUUUAAAACAAAAAUUCAAUUAUUUUAAUUUUAAUUAUUAUACAGUAGGAAUAGGUAUUAAUUUUAUUAUUAUUAUUAUUAUAUAAAAGAUAUUAACAGUAUUUUCUGUAUAUGUUCUGUUAAAGGACUGAUAUACAAUGUUUUCAAAUAGAAAAAAAAAAAAGAGCUGAUACUGGGAACGGAUGCAGCUACUGUUGUAGGUGGGAAGUUGGAAAGGUAGGAUACAUAAGGUUAUUUAAUUUAUAUCUGUAAGCAACGAUAAACCAUUGCUGACAAGAGACGAUUCCGAGAGCUUUUCGGUAAUACAUAAUUUGAAGUGCCGUAAUUUUUUUGAGAUUUUCGUUAAAUUUUGAUUUCAAAACGCUUGUUAAAAAAAAAAAAAGUCAUACGAUGAUUUUGAUAAUUUUACCACGUUUAGUGACAAGUCCAAUAUAAGUAUUAUUACUAAGUUCCAAGUCUCUAUGUGUAUUUAUAAUUGAAUUGCAGCAAAAAACUCUCAAAAAUUAAAAUUCCUUAAGAGCUCAAAAAGGAAACAAAAAAGGUAUCUUAUGAUUUUUCAACUUAAUAAUUUUUUCGAAUAAAUCGAAUUUACCUGCGGUAGGUAUACUUUCUACACCCCUUGUCCCACCUAUAUCAAUUUUUAAACAUAAUUCAGUGAUUACAAAUUUAAUAAAAAUAACAGUACUGCGGGCAUAUUGCUUCCAUAUUUAUAUUUAUUUUAGGUUUUAUUUUAUCUGUAAACAACUUUUCGAUCAGAAAUUUAGCUCCGAUUAUUAACUUUAAAGGUGGUGGUUUCUGGUAGAAAAUGCAUUCUAGUUAAAGUUAUGCUUUUUUUGAUUUUUUGUGAAGUAUUCUUAGUAAUGAUGAAAAUCCAAGAAAAACGCCAAAAAAAUUGUAAUAUUUACAUACGGUUUCUGUUAUAUUCGAUAUUAUUUAUUUGUUGUAAUUCAUAAAAAUAAUCAUAGAGGCCGGAAAUAUUAGCUCUUUUCAAACAAUACAAUUUUUAAAAAAUGUCAAACAUUUUUAAUUAUUCAAAAAUAUGUAUUGUCUCAUACGGUCCAUUUAAAAUAAAUAGUAAACAUUUUUAACAUUUUAAAAAUAAAUUAAAGGUAUGUAGAGUCCCUGUGUCCUCUUCUCAAUUCGAGCACUCGUAAUCGUAUAUUAAUAUGUCAAUAUAAAUAAUAUUCAAUUUGAAAUAAAUUUCCCCGUAAAUAUUCAUUCAUUUUAAUACGUCCUGCGCUACAAACUAAAAUCAAGUGGACAUUUCAGUACGUAUAUAUUAAAACAUUUUGGAAAAUAAUUACUCAUAUAAAUAUAAUUUAUCAUAUUUAAUGAUUAUUGUUUCAGUGAAAAAUAUUCAAUCAAUUUUGCCGCAUAAUCGAUACUCGUAUAAAUAUUUGUUUAAGGUAUUACACUAUUACAUUUUUUUUUUUAAAUUAAAUUUUUUUAACCCAUAGUUCUCAUGGUCUCCACGUGCAAUAAUACUUAUAAUGUUUUAUACUUUUUUUUUUUUUAGUGAUAAGGGAUAUUAUUUAUUACUCACCUAUUAAAAAAUCAAAUAUUAUUUAAACUGAAAAUUAUCAUUGUUUCGAUCUCUUCGAUUUAUGAUAUAACUAUUCAAGAAUUUUUUUAAUUUUUUUUCCAUUACUUUACACACAAAAAAUAUUCAUACGUUUGGGUUAUUUUUGAAUUCUAGGUAAAUCUAAGCAUUUGUUAGUUUCACAAUGAUAUAUAUUUUUUUUUUUUAUCCGUGAAAAACUUUAUUACCAGCUAUUUUGCUCUGAUUUUCAAGUAUAGCGCUUUUUUAGAAAGACUGGGGUGGUACUUUAGGUAGAUUAUAUUUUGAUUUUCUCAGCUAUUGAUAAUACAUAAACCAGGAAUAGUUAAUAAACAUGGGAAAAUAGAUAUAAUGUUAAACAAAUAUUAUUAAACAAAAUAUAUAAUGCAUGUGUAACUAUUUUACCAUAAUAUGGUAUACAUAUAUUGUUGACAAAGCAACACUAUUAACCGAAUUCAUCUUAGAAUCAUAGAAUCGUUUUUCGUUAACAAUGGUUAAUUGUUGUGUUAUUAAAUUAAAUUAAAUUUCCUCUCUAUCUUCUCAACAUUUUACUUAAAACAGUAGCUCAUUCAUCGUGCAGAGUAUUUUUCAUAUUAAUUAAAUACUGAUAAACUGAUACUCAUUAUAAUUUAUUAAAAUUAGAAAUAGCUUCUAUACAACCUUAAGCAAAUAUUUAUGAAUCAGUCAUCUGAAUGAAUAUUUUAACUGCACGUGUGAACCUAACUUAAUACAUUAUGAACGAAAGGUAAAAUACCGUUCAAAUAAAUGUAUGGUCUUUCUUGUGACGUUUACCGCAGCAGUGUGUAGGUACGUGUAUGGACAGUUAUGUAUACCACGUAUUUUGUAUUCGAUUUACUGCAAGCGGUUGUUCUGUAAGAUUUUGUUUUGUUUUAGCGUUUUACUUGUAUUAUAUUUCGAUUAUAUUAUAAUCAUUUUGACAUCCUUUUUUUUUCCGUAAUAAUAAUUAUUGAGCUGUCGUGUAUAUAAAGUUAAAACCCCGCCACAUACCUAUUUCGAUUUUUGUAGAAAUUACAAUUUAUUUAUCGUUAUUUUUCUUAGGUACGUUAUUAUUUUAUAUAUUUAUAUAUAAAUGUAUACUCGUGUAUAUAAAUAUAUUAAAAAUAAUUAAAAUGGUAAUUCAUUAAAAAAAUAUUAUUAUUAAUUUUCGAAUGAAAAUAAAAACGCAUGCCGUGUAAAAUAUUAAUGUGAUAUUAUCGGUUCGCCCGAAAAAACCUUUUUGAAGAAAAAUGUUGAUAAACGAAUAAUGAAUAUGAAAAAUAUAUGCUCGUAAAAAAAUUAAUUCAAAGUUAACAAAAUGUCAUACUUUAUGAAAUUUUAAUUUUUAAUAUUUUUCGAUAUUAUCUAAACAAUUCUGAAAAAAAAAAAUGGUCUUAAUAGUAAAAACUCCAAACAAACAUAAGUAUUUAGUAUGCAUUUUUAAAUAAUUUUUCGCCCAGUAUUGCACAACCCGUGACAAUGAAUAUGAUUUAAAAUGACAGACAAGUAACCUAAAGUUUUUAAUAAAAUUAUAAUUUAUAAAGGAAUAUUGUAACCACAAUUACCGACCUACGCAACACCGUUACGAUGAAAAAAUAAAAUUAGCCAGGUCUAAACCUGAAAUUUUCUCCAAGAUGUUAAUGUCCUAAGUUAAGAUGUAAAUCCUAAAUCUUGGUCAUCGAGAAACCAAUACACUUAGUUCACAUUUUUAAGUUAUAUAGUGAUAAUGCACAAGAACCAUAAUACGAAAUUAUGGUAUUAUACUAAUUAAUAAAUCAUAAACCCACCUCAUGACGCAAUCGAAUACACCAUAGCAAUCCAGCAUAGCGUUGCUCUGUGACUAUGAUAACCUAAUUAAUAUAUAAACAACAACUAUUUAAAAAUGAUAACCAAGGGGGGAGGGUGCAGUUAUCGUAUUUUAAAGGAAAAAGUCUCAUGUUCGGGUUUGAUUUUCGGGAAAAAGUAUACGCACCUGGUCACUGGAAAAAUACGAAUCCAAGAGCUUACUUAUACUCUUACCACGAGUCUAUAUUAUAUCUACGCAUAUAGAUAUUUGAGAACAUUCAGAACUGUCCAUUAGAUUAUUUUGGAUAUUUUCAUAAAUAUUUCAACGGCAGCAAUUAUACAUUAUUUUAAUUUGAACGUAUUUUAAAUAUCCCAGAGGCGACCGAUCGUCUAAAACCAUAAUAUUGACUAUAAACUCGAUAGUUUCAAACAUUUAGUAUCAGGAUUUUAAAGUAUGUCAUAUUCCUACAUUCUUAUAUAGACUGCAUAAGGAAUUACAGGCUUUUUCGAAGAAGAGAUUGAUCUUCGAUCGAAAGAUAGAAUAAUAAUAGUUAAUUUUUAAGAUAGGUACAAACAUUUCUGAAUAAGUAUGAUGAUUAUUAUUAUUACAAAUUAUAAAUUGUAAACAUUUAAAUUACACUUCAUAAAAUAAAAUGUAGGUAGGUAUAAUCUCGUUAUCAUUAUAGAUAUAUAGUAUAUUAAGUAUAUUAGCUCAAUAUUCAUAUCUUCUUAUUUUUAAAUUGGAUAUUAUCAAUGGUAAACGAGCUCAUAUUAUAAUAGUAAAAAUCGUAUCACUUGAUUCUCAAAACAUUAAGUUGACAUCGUAUCCAAUCUUCUUUUAUUCAUGGAUUAAUGUAGAAUUUUAUAAGAAUCACAAGAAUAUUAUAACAUAUUAUUUUAAUGUCGCGGGGAGACACAUUAUCAAAAUUUGUUAUGUUAAACAAAAGAAAAAUAUUUUAAUAUAUUAACGUUACAAUUUAAUAAUAUUAAAAUCAAUAAUUAUAUACAAGUAGUUAUGUUUAAGUUCACUUCAGAUGAUGACAAUAAAUAUUAUAGGAAUUUAAAAUAAUUUAAUUAAAUAAAUAUUUAAAAACUAUAGGAUUAGAUGCUUAAAUAAUAUAUUAUUAUAAUAUCAAAUAAAUGUAGACGACAAAAUUCUGAAUAUUCUGAUAAUAUUAUUAAGUAGAGUAAGCUACUUCAUGAAUUUAUCUGUAACUGUUUGUCUGUAUGCCCUCUAUCUACAACAGUAUACACUGUAUAUACAACAGUUGCGUGUUAUAGAAUUCGAUUUUGACUAACCGAUAAAUUAAGCUCUAAAAGAGGUUCCUAUUGAUUUCAGUCCAAUCAGUGGCACGAUUUCGAUAACUUUAACGACAAAAAUGAAUAAUUUACUUAACUAAAAUUCAUAGAAUUGAAAAAAAAAAUUCCAUUAGGUACGGAAAAUCGAUAUCUUGAAUAGUGAUAAACAGUAAUAUUAGUUUGAAAAAAAAACUUUGUAAAUUUCAUUAUUUCCAUUAUCGAUUGAUAAAUAUACAUAUAUAGUAUACUGUAGACUGUAAUAAGAAGAUUAAACGCCUGAAAUAAUUUUUUUUCUGUUGACAUAUUUUUAAGUUUGUUUUUCUUAUAGUAAUUACUACAGCCUUAUGCUAAUUCUUCUAUUUUAUAUUUUUUUAGAAACUAAACAUAAAAGAUUUAAACUGUCUAAAAAAUUGAUUUUAUAAAAUCCAAGAUAGCCAAUUUAUAAAUAUGCAUUGAUAUUUUGAACAAAAUGUUGGUGUUACAAAUAUUUACUAAUAAAUUAUUAGUAAUAACGAAUUGUUAAGUUUCUAUAAUUUUUUGUAAUUUUUCAUAAACAUAUUGAUGAAUUGGUAGAUAUUAUUUAAAUAUUUAAUAGUGAAAGAACAAUAGUUAUUUCAGAUAUUAGAUCAUCGUGUGAUACAAUGUUAUACAUUGCAUCAUUGUUCAAAAAAAAAUUACCUACAAAAUUUAAAAUGUUUGCCUCGCAUUUUCCCCAUUUUUUAAUGAUAAGAAAACAUAAUCUUGCAGAAAUUGACACUCGAUAAUCCACCUUUCGCGUGAUGAUAGUAGGGUUAAAAUAUAGAACAAGGGUUUUUUAAAUUUUGUUAAUCAAACUUUAAGUAAAUAGUUUUUAAUUUAAUAUAAAUGAAUACUUAAUACUUAAUUUCAUCUAAAUAUUUGCCUUUUUUAUUUUUUGCAUAAAAACAAAUAGGUUGAAUAUAGUUUAUAUGUAUUAUACCAUACAAAUUUUAGAAUUAUUGUCUAAGUAUAAUUCAUAAUUUAAAAUUUUGUUUGUAAAUGUUUUAGUUUUCAUAAUAUUUGAAAGACUGAAAAGUACCUUCUAGAACAGGGGAGUCCAACAAACGGCCCGCGAACCGGUUCCGGCUCGACAAGCUUUUCAAACUGGUCCACCAAAUUUACUGUUGUUUUAAAAAUUUUAUUUAUUUGUCAAUAGUAUUUCUUAAUAAAAGUAAAAUAAUAAAAUAAAUGGUUUUCUGUAAGGUGAUGUUCUUAAUAACUAUAGAACCUAAAUUAGAACUAAAGUGACAAACAUUUACAAGUAACGUUUUUGACUGGAACAACAAAGUUUGAUGGAAAAUAUAAUGAUAUUUUAAAAAACAAACAAUUCCAAACUUCUCAUUAAUUGUAAAUUACUCGUAUCACAAAAUAAAUCUUAAAUAGGCAAUAAAAGUAAAAAUAAAUAUACAUUUUUUUAAAUCUAAAAAAAUCGUUUCUAUUUUUAUUUAUUCUUUAAUUUCAUUACCUUUCUGUUAUUCUCAAAAAUGUUGGCCCACGAUGCCAAAAUGUAACUCAGAUUUGGCCCGCCAUCAAAAAAGGUUGAAGACUCCUGCCUGUUCUACAAUAUCAUCAUUCAUGAAUACUUUCUAAUUAGUUCGUUAAACUCAUUUUACAAAUAAUCAUCAGUUUACAUCUAUGAUGUACAUAAUAUAAUAUACCACAAAUUGUUUUACUCAUUCAGGAACUUAUGCUACUACUUCGAUACUCCGGUUUGGAUAGGAUUACUAUGGUAAUAAAUGUUGUCCAAACUAUAUCCAUUCAUGAAAAAAAUACCAUCAUUUUGUAUUAAAAAAUCAGAAUAGGUACGUAUUCUAAUAAACGAGUUCAGGUAAAAAGGUAUUUAUAAAACAUAUUCGAAUACAGGUACUUGAAAAAUUGAAAAAGUAUUUUAAUAUUUUUCGCGUAUAAAUAUUUUAAAAACUUAUUGGACAAAUACGAAAAUUACAUUGUUUAAAAAUAAUCAUAAUACUAUUAUCCAGUAAUGCCAUUCUUAGGCACCGACCGAGAUAUAGUCCCAAUAACUUUUUUUUAGCAAGUGGAACAAUGGGCUGAUAAGUACUAAGUGAUCUGUAUUCCGUGUUAUAUUAGGUCAACUGAUGUAAUUCAAAUUUAUUUUUUGCCAUAUCUCAGCAUAAUAAGAAAAAAAAUAUAUUAUAUACAUAUCAUGUUCAAUUAAACAAUAUUUGUAUUGGUGUUUUAGUUACACUUAAAAGUCAAAUAUUCAAAUGGUUUUUAGAUAGAUGUUCCACAAUCAUUUCCUCCCCAGAACACAAAUUACAGAUCAGCACCACUGUAUGAGUCAAUAUUGUUUUAAUUCGAUUGAAAAUAAAACUGUGUGCAAAUAUGUUUAUAUUUUAUAGACACAAAAAUAUCUAUAAUUGUUUAAAUAUUAAAAAUUUCUUUUAUCACAAAUUUAAAACAGUCUUUUGAAUUUAAAACAAAUGUAAAAUAAAAUAUAUAUACAAGAUGUUCUAGAAGCAAAUAUUCCACUCUACGGGAUAGUAGGUAGGUCCUACGAAGGAAUAACCUGUAUUACAUUGAUUUUCACACGGAUUAGUAGAACUUAAAACAGCUGUUACUUGAAAACUAUUCAUUGGAUAUAAAUGUGUGAUACAUUAAAAUUUUCAGAAAAAUAAACUCUACACAAUGGAUAUCUUAAAAUAUUCCAAAAAUAAUAAAAUAAAAUGUUAUUUUUUAAAUUUUUUCAAGAAAAAAAAAAAUUAAUUCAAAUUCACAUAUUUGUAGUCCUCAUCAGUGUGAGUUAUAUAAAAAAAAAUAUAAUUUGAUUAUCUUUUUUUAUCUCUAGAGAUAUUCAAGAGGUAUAUCUUCGUGGAACAGCCUGUAUAUAGUAAGAUACCAAAAUAAGCGUAUAUAUAAUUUGUAUUAUAAAUAAUUGGUACAUAUUGUACUUUUAAAGGAAAAUAUACAAUAUGUGUAUGUUGAUUUUGACGACUUGGAUUGAUAGUCAUUUAAAAGCUCUAUAAUUUACAUCGUGGGAAGAAUUUAAAAAUAAAUGCAUCCUAGGAAGAAGUUGACAUUACAGCUAAAAGAAGUAAAAGGUAAACUUGUCGCGAGAUGCUUAAAUCCCUACCUAUACACGCCAUCAGGGAAAUAAUUCGACGAAAAUUCCAAAACUAAUGGCCGGGAAUAUAGGAAAACCGAUAAAUUAGUGUCGUCGUACCGAAAAGUAUAAGCACGUACGAAUAACAAAACAUGCGUGGGAGUUAAACACGUGUACAACUAGAUUCGUUUUUCUAAAAUAUUUUUUUGUUUUGAAAAAAAAAGACCCGAGGAAUGUUUGUUUAAUAAAAUAUGUUUUUUAGUUCCGGGGAAAAAUUCUGAAAAUAAAAUGAAAUAUUAGUUAUAAUAUGAGUAUUGUGUAAAUAAUGUAUAUUUUUUCGGUUUACUCUGUUUUCUUUUAGUAUUUUAGUUUCGGAACGUAGCAAGGGAUCUAUUGGUUCUACUAAUGAUGAGUGUUUACUUUUCGGUCUGUGAACAGCUUUUCUACCAAAAAUCUUACUCACAAGUAUCAAAUGUAGCACCUUUCCUGAAAGGUAAUUUUAUCUUAUUGGUGCAUUGGCGAAGUCAUAUUUUGAUUUUCUAAAAGGUUUUCGAAAACGUUGAUAAAAACCCGAAAGAAAAUUACAUGUAAAACGGCAAAUAUUUGUGCGCCAUUAGCUUUUUUUAUUGAUUUUAAGUUUGAAGUUUUAACAGAAUACUUAUAUUUUCUUUCUUUAGACGUGGUAAAAUUUUCAAAAUAUUCUAGCUAUUUUUAGGCUAUUUAUAUUCGAUAUUUUCGUAUUUUUAUGUAUAUUUUUAUUUGAUAGUAUCUAUUAUUGAAAUUAUACUAUAUAAUUAAUAAUAUUGCUUGAAAAUUUAACUCAAGGUAUAUUACAAGUUGAACUUAGUGGUCGAAUAAACAAAUUUGAGUUUAAAGCAUUUUAUUUUUUGCAUAAGUGUUGUAAAACCUCUUUUGAAAGAAAAUCGUAAAAUUAAGGCAUUUCAAAAUAUAAAUUAAAUAACUUUAUCUAUCUUAUACUUUCUCAACUUCUCAUCUACAACAGUGGCUGCACCCGUCCCCAGUAUAAGCUUUUUUUAGAUUCCGAAUGUAGCGAGGGAGCUAUUGGUUUUACUAAAAUGUUUAUUUCAUUUUUUUUUCUAGUCUGUGGACACGUUUAUUCCUUAGCAUCGGAGCAAACUUGCUUCGAUUUUUACGUGUAACAACUUUUCUGAAAGCUCAAGUUAUCUUGGUGGUACUUUAAAGAGGUAACUUUUUUGAUUUUCGACGCAAUUUUUUAAAUAAAAGCACUUAAGUGAGAAAAAAUGUAGGAAAACUUACAAUUUCACGAUUUUAUUAUUUUAUAAGAACAGACGAUAUUUUCUACCAGAAAAAAUCAUAAAAUCGAAAACUCCCUAGAAACCUUUUUUGGUUACCUUUUUGAUUUUUUUUCUUAAAGUAUCAUCGUUAACAUUUUUGAGCCACUUUUGAGCUUUUAAAGAAUUUUAAUUUUUGAAAAUUUUUUGCUGCAAUUCGGUCAUAAAUACAUGUAGAGACUUGAAACUUGGUAAUAAUACUUAUAGUUGACUUACCUAGACAUGGUAAAAUUUCUUAAAUCAUUGGUUGAAUUUUGUUUUUUUAAUAAGCGUUUUGAAAUUAAUUUUAAACGAAAAUCGCAAAAACUAUUUACUAUCGAGCUGCACUCGGAAUCGUCUUUUGUCAAACAAUGGUUUAUUGUUGUUUGCAGGUAAAUGAAAUAACCAUAUAUAUACGAAUACAUUUUGAGCCCAAAGAAAAGUCUAACGGGGUAUUAUUUUUUCAGUUUUACACCGUCACCCCCGACAAUUUUUUUUGGAAAUUAAAAUACUCGACUACAUUUCAUUCCUUGAUCUUCUAAAUACAUAUACUCGUAUUAUUCUAGAUAGAAGUUUUAUUCUUGUUUAUUAUUGGCACUUCACACGAGUAGUAGACAAUACGCGAAUGUAAUAAAUAAUAUUUUGCGAAUCACACUUAUAUCGUUUAUAUGGUCUUAUUGUCGAAUUUUCUCAGAAAAUAGAUGAUACUAUAUUGCAAUGUAUUGUGUCUGUUGUUUAUUAUAUUAAUAUAAUUAUAAAUAGGUAUACAAAAUGUAAUAUCUAUAUUAUAUUGGUUGUAAUGCAAAUCUCCGUAUGGAUUAGAUAAGAGGGCUUUAGUGAAGUCUAGUAGAUAAUAAUGUUUGUAUAUUAUAUUUCAUAAGAUAUAUAAUAUAUAGUAUUAUAAAAACACUCCUGUUGUACAACAGACAAAAAUCGAGUUUUAGUUCCGAGAUUUUAAUAAAUAUGGCGGAAAGUGAAGAACGAGACAUCAUCACAUGAGGAUCGAAAAAUUAAAAAUAACAAAAAUAUAUAAAUAGAAGAGCUGAUACUAGAAAUGGGAGCAUUCUUGUUGUAGGGGGAAAGGUGGGAAGGUAGGUUACAUAAAAAGGCCCAUGCAUCCACAAAUAUAUUGCGCUAACUAAACGUUGCACAAUUUGUACAAAUAAUUUUGAACAUGUUCGGAUUUCUGCAACUAAUUGCGCAGCACGUCAAACAACACCAUACACUAUACAACAGUUUGUACAACAGCCUUUGUUGUGCAUAAUAUUUGCAGGUAUAUGGUCCACCCCACCUUAUGCCUUUGCAGCAUGCAGCAAUGGGAUCCACACAUAAAACGCUAUUACUACAUGCGGAAGUUCACUGACUUUCGAGAUGUCGGAUAUUAAAGAGACUGUGUGAACUAAGAGAAGAAAUAAUAAUAUUUUUAUCAAGCAAAAACUGCGACCUUGUUCAGUACUUCAAUGACAUAGAGCGGAACAUGAAAUUAUGUUAUCUCGCAAACAUAUUUCAAUUUUUGAGCUAAACCUGUCUUUUCAAGAAACACAGAAAACCAUGUUUCAUAAUUAUAUAAAAAAAUAGAAGGGCGAAAGAAAUAAAUUAAGCUAUGGAUCACAAGAAUUCAAAACAACUGUUUUGAAAUAUUCAGCAUAUUAAUGGAAUUCAUAAGUGAAGUGAAUGAGAAUAAUGAAGAUUACAAUUUUACUCAAUUUAAACAGAUUAUUGGUAAUCACUUAAAUAUGUUGUCACUUAAAUUUGAAGAGUAUUUCCCCUCAAAUCAAAACCCAAGAGAUGGUUUUUUGUGGAUUUUGGAUCCAUUCAGUUCCAAUAGCUCAUUAAUACUAUAUCUACGAAUGAAGAGGAUAUAUUGGCAGAUUCUUUCUUUAGACUUCACGUUAAAAAACUUAAAAAACAAUUCAUCACUAGAUACGUUUUGGAUAAAAGUUCAUAGCGAAUAUCAGAUGUUAAGUGAAAAAGCAUUGAGAGUCCUCCUUCCUUUUCCUUCAACGUACUUAUGUGAAAGUGGAUUCUCAGCAGUAACUGCAACCAAAACUAAAUAUCGAAAUAGGUUGAAUUUGAGAGAAAAUCAAAAAAUGAUUUUCUUAAUCACCAAAAAUAUUCAAAAUGAAACAAAAAAUAUCUCUUGUCAUUUUUAGAUUGGGGCAAUAUUUUUGGUAGAAAACAUAAGCCGUACAAAUUAAGAAAAUUAAUAUCGUUAACGUCACAGUGCUCUGCGAAUACUUGCCGUUUUACCUAUACAUUUCUUUCCGUGUUUUCCCAAUUAUUAUAAAAACCCCUAGUGAAAUCAAAAAUGCCCUCCCAAAGGUACCAACAAAAUAAAAUUACCUUUCAGAAAAAAUGCUAAACUUGAUACUUCGAAACAAGUUUUCUGGUAGGAAAGUUGUUCACAAAUAGGAAAAAAAAACACACAUAGUAAAACCAAUACAGCUACGUUCCAAUCUGAAUAUUUUUCCCUUAUUAAACGAAAAAAUAAAAUUUUAAUGGGUCUAAUAGUUUGAUCACGGAGAAAAGAGAGGGGGAAAACCCCAUACUUUGCUUUUAUUUACUUACCAGGCUACCUAAAUUAUUAUCUAGCCAGAUAAUUUUAUUUUAAUACGAACUUGUGUACUUAAGUUACAAAAGAAAAGUAUAAUAAACACGUAACCGAUGAACUUUUUUUGCUUUUUUUUUUAUAUACCGAUUGGUACAAACUAUCAUCACGGUAUAAUAAAUUAAGAACGGAAAAUUGGAAUUGGUAACUAUAUUCCAAGGAAAACAAAUGGAUAUUAUUAUAAAAUUAAUGUCUAAAUUUUGGACUCUUGAAUCCCUUUUCUCUUCAAAGUACAUUUAUGGAACUGGUCAGUAUUGUACCUAAUGCCAAUACCUAAUUUCCAUAGAAUAUCAUUACCCAAAUAUCUAAAGUGCAUUCUUCAAGAUUUCAAAAUUGCUCCGCAUAAACGAUUAAACUUAUACCGAUUUUAGUAAGAACUAUUAUGUAUACCGACUGAUGUUUACUUAUUACAUUUAUGAUGUAUUCGUUUUACUUUAUAUUGAAUUAAUGCCCAUUAUUUUAAAUACAAUAAAAUACAUUUCAUUUUAAAAAACAUAUAACUCGUCCUUCGUACAGACAAUUUAAUUGCGUCCUUUCGUGCGCCGCGUGAACAAAACAGUGGUCGUUUUCGAAGCGAAUAUUUAAAUAGUUAUAUAAUUUUGACUCUCGUAUUAUGUGGGUACUAUCAGAUUAUUAAUGGGUUGUUAGUUUGUUAAUAUCUUUGAAUUUCAACGCAUGAUUUUUGAGCAUUUCAUAAAAAAUAAUAACACAUUUUUAAUGUAGAAUUGCAGACUAACAACUUUAUAAAAUGGUUUAAAAAUUUUAGAAAUCAGCAACCUUGCAAAUUUUCAAGUUAAUUUUUUCCAUUAUAUUACAUAUUGUCUUGUAUAAACAUCUCAACGCAUUACUUUUUCAAUUAAUUGGAAGGUAUAUGUACUGAGUAACUCGUACGACUCUUGAGUUCCUCGAGAUUAUUAUUAUUUCAACUAAACGUAGAACUAUACAACUUUUUGUAUAAGAUAAAUUAUCAAAAUUCUAAUCGAGCUACCCGCAUGUGAUAUCUCUGUCUAAAAAAACGUACGACGUUACAAAUUUGUGUCCUGCUACAAAAAUUACUUUGUUCUAUUAAACUUAAAGGUAAUGACAUUAUUUAUGCAACUAUCGAAGAUUUUUUUAAUAUUUUAAUUUUCGAGCGAGAUAUGAAGUUCGAGUAUAAGUAUGUAAAAUAUCAUAAUUAAAAAGCUGUUCUAGGAUAAUGGAGACGGGUGCAGCCAUUGUUAUAGGUAAUUUAAUAUAUACCUGUAAGCAACGAUAAACCAUUGCUAACAAAAAACGAUUCUGAGCGGAGUUCAGUUGACAAUUAUGCUUUGUCAACAAUAUUUGUCAUAUUAUAGUAAAAUGAUUAAAUAGGCAUUAUAUCUUUUUUUUAAUAAUAUUUGUUUAGUGUUGUAUCGAUUUUCUAGGUUUUCUUACGUUUUCCCGGUUUUCAAAUGUUUUUUCCCGGGCUUUCACAUUUGCUGGUAAAACUCUUGGAAAAAUCGAAAAAUGACGUCAUUAAAGUAGAUCCCCCACCAAUUUCCUUUCGGAAAAGGUGCUACACUAAGAUGCAAGAACUGCAACAAGAUUUCUAGUAGAAAAGUUGCGCAUAGAUAAAAAAAAAAAGCUCCAUUCAUUCGUUCCUUUCAGAAUCUAAAAUAAAUGGGUAGUAAUACGAGAUGGAAUCUUCAUACAAAUUACCUAGUAAUUCGUUUACGUACUCUUAAUUUUAGUUUUUGCAGUAUCUUGUGUCUUUCAACACUAUGAAAACGAUUUAUCUAGCUCUGUAUCAGUCAUUUUUUCAGUAUGGUUCAUUAGUAUGGGGGAAUUAACUGAAAAUGCCUUAAAACCUUUACAAUUACAACAAAAAAUUAUUAGAAUCUGUCUUCGUAAGCAAGUAUUAGAAGGCUCUACUAACCUUAAUUUUAAAAAUGUUCAUGUUAUUUCAGUAAAACAGUUGUUUACAAAAUGUCAAUCAUAUGAAUUUUUAAACACUUAGAUAACUGGGUUGAUUUUACAAACAUUCAAAAUAAAAGAAAGCAGAAAGCAUAUAAUGCCAAAAUAAGUUUUUGUAAAAAGUCUUUUUGGUAAAAAAUUUGUUAAUUAUCUGGGAUCUAUAUACUAUAAUUCUUUACUUGUAGAAAUCAAAAAAAAAAUACUGUUCAAAAUAGUUUAAAAGUUAAAAAAAUCCGUCUAUAAUUGGAUUCUAAAUACUCAUAAGUAAUUAUAAAAACAGUAUACUAAAUUAGUAAAUAAACAUAUUUGUAACUAUGUGCCUCCGUUACAAGCAAAGCUUAAAGGAGGCUCAUAAUUUCAUUCGUAUACUUUAUUGUUAACAUUUGUAUAAUAUGUGUAUUGGAAUAAAUAAAAAAAUAAUAAGAAAUCCGUAGGUAUAAUUAUUAAGUAUCUACACGGACUGUAAUUCCGCUGCAAUAUAUGAUAAUUUCAACCAGGGUGAAUGACGACGCCACCAUGGCAACACCGAGCACACAGUUUAUCUAAAAUAUCAUACAAAUACCGGAAAAAUGUGAUAUUAAAAUUCGAUUAUAGCGCGCUUGUUCAUACGAUAUUGAUAUUGUUGAUUCUGGGCGUUUUGAAAUAAAUCACGUAUUAUUAUUAUACGACAAUAUAAUGUGCCACUGCCGCUACAAUAAUAUGGCGUGGCACGUUUUCCAUAAUGGCUCUUUGGAUGAACACGAAGUAGUGAUCUGUAACAGCGGUAUUAAUAGUUAUUAAUUACACCUAGUUAUUAAUUAGUUAUUCUCGCUUUAGUGCCCAAACUUAGUCAUCUCGCUAAACCGUUUUACAAGAUUACACCUACUAAUAAAAAAAAAAGAUUCUGCCACUGUUUUAAGAGGGAACUUGGGAAGGAGAAUAUAUAAUAGUUUAUAAUUGUUAAUAGUUAUAUAGUUAAUAAUUUAAUUUAUAUCUGUAUGCAACGAUUAAAAGAUUGUCUAGUUUAUGGAUAAAAAGUCAUUUUUUUUUUGAUUUUCAAAGUAGUUUACAAGAUAGUGGUUGUGCUUAGAUCAGAGUCCAUAAUCGAUGCACUCCUUGAGAAAUCAUUAAGAAUUAUAUGAUUCCGUCGGUUGCCCGUAGUCUUGAUAAUACAUUUUGAUAUCACUAUAUCUGUAGUAACAACUUAUCGUAUAAGUCAAUACAAUUUAUGUUCGUUAAGUUCUAAUAGUUAUCAUAGUUCAUGUUUUAGUUUAGUUUAAAUUUUCACUAAUUAGGUAAGUUUUCUGAACUUUUUUCAAGGGGAGAAGUCCUUUGAUAUUGACUUAAAAUAUAUUUAACAUACAAAAAAUAUUUACCCAAUAUUUAUUAAUUCAUUUUAAUUAACUUACAUAUUAGUUGUUUACUUAUUUUUUACUUUUCAUAGUCUAAACUCGUAUUCUAAAAGGGGCCAGACCUCUUUCCACUCCUUAAAACCACCACUGUUUGUUAGAGUAAUAUUUUUAAUAAUCACAAAUAAUAAACGAGAACAAACGGAAAAACGGCGGUUCGAUUACAUCAUGACUAUAAAGAAAUAAUUAGAUAAAGAUUUUAUAUUAUGUAGAAAAAUAAAAAUGUUAUACUAUUUAAUAUACUGAUGAUUUUUUUAAAUAAUGUAACAUUUGUGUUACACACAUAUGUUUUAAGAGGAGGGGAUUUUAAAUUUUAAAAAUGAAUAAAACACUUAAAUCUGUAUCUGAAUAUUGUGUACAUUAAUGUUAAUUACAUUUGUAAUUACUUUAAUGCGUAUUACCAUACUAACUUAACCUUUAUGCGUAUUAAUUGAAACAAAAAUAUUACCCGUACACCCGUAAAACGAUAUCAGUUUCCAACAAUAGAAUAAUUGUAAUGAAUAGGUCGGCCGGGCUUUAGGCUAGGUUAGGUUUGGUUCGAUAUUUUUCGUCGCCGUCACCACCGAUGGCACCGUGCAGAUGCUCAGCCUUUCAGUUGGCCGUUUUUUUUUUUUUUGCUCUAAUUUUCGAAUUUUUUCAUAUUCGUGUAACAAAGAAAUAAUUAUUUUCAUUUUUAUUUCUAUUACUAUGCUUAUUAAAUAUUAUACACAUUAUUUCUGUAAUGUUUUAUAAACUUUAGAAAUUUAAAUUUAAUUUAAAAAUUAAAAGGUGGACAAAAUGGCUAUAUAACAUUAUAUUAACUUUUCAAUAAUAUUAUUGAAAUUAGUUUAAAAUAUUUCUGUAACAUUAUACGUUGCUUUUCAAAUCUUAAAGAAAAGUUUCAAUAACAUUAUUUUGCUGUCUGGGAGACAUGGUCAACUUGAUAGAACAUUUUAGCGAUUUUUGAACUACUUAUAGGUAUUUGAUAUUUUCAAGUUUUUUAGUUUUUAAUUUUGGUAAGUUUUAUGUGAACAAAAUUAUUUGGCCAAACAGUAAUGUUUGACAAUUUUAUACGAAGUUCAUUAUAGAUUAUACUUUGUGGUUAAACAAAUAGUUGAGCGUAAUCUAAUAUAAUUUUUACAAUGAGAAUUUAAUUUCAUAUUUUGAAGAAAAUCAUACAAAUUUUGGCAUUUCAAAACAUAUUUAACUGAAUUUCGUUUAGAAUCGUUUUUGUUAGCAAUAUGUACAAAUAUAAAUUUAAUAAAUUUAUGUUUCCUACUUUCCCAUUUUUCUACUGACAACAGUUGCACACUCGUCCGCAGUAUCAGCUCUUUUUCUGUUCAUUUUGUAUUUUAAGCUUAGCUUACGUGUCCCGACGACCUGCUUGAUGAUGAGCUACCUACGUAGGUUUCUAUUUCAAUAUUUGUAUACGCUCUACUCACGUAUACGCGUUAAUAAUAAAUCUAAUCAGAGUCUAACCUAUUUCAGAAACGAUGGCCAUCAGUUCAGACAGUUGACCGAAGGUGAGCCGAAAGAAAAAACUAUCAUGGACAACAACACGAGCAAUACCACUAGCAACAGCACCAGCAACAACACCUUGUUUGCGUACGAUUUGUCAGCUCGGCCUGAGACGUACAUCGUGCCGAUAGUGUUCACGUUCAUAUUCUUUGUGGGCACCAUCGGUAACGGAUCACUGGUGUUGAUAUUCUUCAGGCACAAGCACAUGAUCAACGUACCCAACAUUUACAUACUGAGUCUGGCCUUGGGUGACCUGCUGGUCCUGUUAGGUUGCAUACCAUUCACGUCGAUCGUAUACACGGUAAUAUGUGGACAAUAGUAUAUUAUAUAAUAAAGUGGAGUUAAAUUUCUCAUAAAUGUAUAAAAUUCCAUCGUUUAAAAAAAAAAAAUGCGAUUCUUAUAUCGUAAACCAGCAAUCUACGAAUAUUUCGAGUAUAUUUGAUUUUCAUCGACAUUGUAUCUUACGUACAUUAUUUUUAAAUCAACCUCGACACGAUAAAUUUUGCAUGAAUAAAAUAUGGCUCAUAAACUCUCAAGGUUAAAUAUCCGUAAAUGGUUUCAAUACCUAGUAUAAUUUGUUGCUAAGACGUUAUUUUUGUAAUAUUACCACAACGUUGUUUAAUACAGUUGCACAUCUCUACAGCUAACAACAUUGUGCAUUACUUAUUAAUUCAUAUAAGCAUAUUAAAAAGACGUACGUGAUUCCGCCACUAUUUAAAAGGUCACGUAAAUAUAAUUCCCAAGCAAUUUAAAAAUAGUGAGACUAGAGUUAUCAACUCAAAAAUAUUCAAACUCAGUAUUGAAUAACUAUACCAUAAGUAUUUGUCUUGAUGUACGAGGGCAUACCAAAAAAAAAACCUAACUAUUUUUGUACAAAGUUAUUUAUUUAAUUUUUUUACAAAAAAACAUUUAAUCUUCUUCAAAGUACUCUCCGUUGAAGUUAAUGCACUUGUCCAAUCUUUUGUUCCAAUUUUCGAAGCACUUUUUAAACUCAUCUUUUGUGAUGCCUGCCAACGCCUCCGUCGUUUUUUUUUUUAACUUCAUCAAUGUCCGCGAAACGCUUUCCUUUCAUGUUCCUUUUCAUUCUGGGGAAUAAAAAGAAGUCGCAGGGAGCCAGGUCUGGUGAAUAUAGUGGAUGCGACACAGUGGUCAUAUCAUUUUUGGUCAAAAACCACCGUACAGAAAGGGCUGUGUGAGCAGGAGCAUUGUCGUGAUGAAAAAACCAGUCUCCUGACUGCCACAAAUCAGGUCUUUUUCGCCUCAAACUGUUGCGUAAUCUUUUUAACACCUUUAGGUAAAAUGCCUGGUUAAAUGUCUGACCAGGUGGAACAAACUCCAUAUGCAACUUAUAUUAAAAAGUCCAUAAAUAGAUGAAAUAUUAAUUAAAAUACAUUUUAGUAUUGGAAUGCUUGAUUUCCUAAUGGCUACACAAANACAAACUCCGAAUGGACGACUCCUCUCACAUCAAAAAAACAAAUGAGCAUUGUCUUAAUGUUUGACCUCACUUGACGAGCUUUUUUUAGGGCGAGGCGAUGCUGGAGUCUUCAAUUGGCUCGAUUGUUGCUUGGUUUCAGGAUCAUAUCCAUAGCACCAUAAUUCGUCACCUGUAAUAACCUUGGAAAAGAAGUUUGGGUCAUUUUGGAAUUCUUCUUUCAAAGAAGAGCAUGAUUCCACGCGGCCUUGGUUUUGCUGCUCAGUUAGCAGUCGAGGAACAAAUUUUGCAGCCACCCGUCUCAUCCCCAAAUCUUCACUUAAAAUUCUCUGUACUGAACUCCAUGUCACACCAGAUCUUUUCACUACUUCUUCGAUAGUUUGCCGUCGAUUUCCAGGAUAAUUUUGUGAAUUUUUCUACAUUUUCAUUGGUUCGAACCGUCGAAAGACGUCCAGAGCGAACUUGGUCAUCUAUCGACAUUUUACCACUUUUGAAACGGGAAAACCACUCAAAUACUUGAGUUUUCCCUAAAGCAUCACCUUUGUAAGCUGUUUUCAACAUUUCAAGGGUUUCUGUACUUGUUUUCCCGAGCAGGAAGCAAAACUUGACGGCCGCGCGCUGUUCACGCAAAUCAGUCAUUACAAAAACGACGAGUACGAAAAAUAACUUUUAAAAAAAAUAUCACACCAACGUAACACAACCUUCCACGAUGACGGCCGUUGGCAUAUUGAAUGUUGAGAAGUAUAUUUAUACGCCCCUACCAGAAAAAAAUCGGUACUACUAAAACUCUGUCCCACACAACAUCAGUUCGGUUUCUUUUGGGUACACCCUCGUAAACUAAAAUUAUUAGAUGCCAUUAGUUUUUCGUGCAAAUUUAAAUUGAAAAAAAAAGAAUGUAUUGCAAGUGUGGUUUAGGGUUUUAAUAUUAAAUUAGUCAGUACUAAAAUAGUAGUCUACACAAACUACAAUGUGCAAAGUACCAUAUGAAAACCACACAAUUGAUUUGGAACACAAUAAUUUUCAGAUUUAAAAUGAAUACAAUGAUUUUAAAGAAACUAAACUAAAUCAAAACAUGAUUAAAAUUAAUUUUUUUACAAAAUACAUCAUUGCGUAGUACUAUUAUUUGUACUCAUAGUUGAACAAGUAGUGUAAAGAAUAUUAUUUUAUAAGCAUUAAUUUGACGAGGCUGAAUAAUUUAUAUUAUUUGAUUUGUAUUUGACCCGAAGAAUGAAAGGGGAGCUAAAUUUUCUGUCUUUAACAACUUUUAAACCAAAAACCUUGCUCCGAUUUUCAAAUAUAGCAUAUUUUCUGAAAGCAAAUUUUCUCUAUUUGGUGUAAUAAGUGGUCGUUAAAAUUCCUUAAAUUUUUUUCUAUACAGUUCAAUUCAAUAAAGCAUAACUCCACGUUAUAGUAAUGUGAAGUGAAUAAUACCUAUGCACGAGACUUCAACGAUGACUAUAACAUUAGCAAAUUAAAAUACCGGUCGGAAUCGCAAUAAUUUUCUAAUCGAGAAUUAAUAUACAAGUAAACCCUCGUAGAUAAGUAAUAACUAAUACGUAUUAAAAUGGUAUAGUUGUGUGGUAAAUGGGACGAGGAUAUUUAUCAACGGUAAAUAUUUAAUCGCUGUUGGUAGGUUUAUUAUAAAUGUUCCCGAAAUAACAUCAUUCGUCAACCAAACGUGUUAAACUACUUAUAUUGGGAUAACGACGAACAAUAAAUAAUAUUGUUUCCGAAAUAAAUUGUUAGGAGAAAUUAUAUCCGGUAAGUUUAUAGCGCCAUGAUUACUUAUAUACAUAUAAAAUUAUACCUAUCAUAAAUGAUAUGAAGUUUGGUCGCUAUUAUUAUAUAUUUAAGAACAAAUUAUAUUGAACACAUGCAAUGUUUGUGUACAUACCUUAAAUAAUUUAACGAUAUAAAAACCAAUGUAAACUUGAUAGAAACAAUUUCAAAUAUCUGUAAUAACACAAAAAGUAAAGGGGUAAUAACUAAUAAGUAAUUUAAUAUCAGUCAUAAUACAAAGACUAACAGGGGAAAAAUAAGAAUGAGAAUAUAUUAAAAUAAAGGAAAGAAGAGAGGAUUUUAAAGUGAAAAUGGGGUGCUCAGCUUUAUAAUUGUGUUACUUCCUCUUUCUACCUGAUGUUUGGAGAAGUUCGGAGUCAUGAAUCCGAAAAUGAUAACAAGGUUAAUUGAAAAGGAAUACAAUUGUUUUACGAGCCAUUGGUAUUAGAAUGCUCGGGUUAUAUUGACAGUUACAACUGUCCCCAUCUGUUUCUUGGAUUUUUGGACAUCAGUGACAAUUCAAUUAAAAUAUUCUUAUUUAUGUACCUAUUUAACAUUCCAAAGCUACGUGCACUCGAAUAAAGACAUUAUGUUGAUAUUUGAAUCAGAAUGGAAAACGAUUGAACCGUUAAAAUAAAUGUAUAUAGAAAUUAUACUAGUGAUUAGCUGCUAAAAGUCUGAGCUAGCUUGACUCGAAAAAGAUUUAUGAAAAAGGUUGGUGGUUCAUACUUGUUCCCUACAGUGUUCUCGACAGAGUGAUUAUUGAAGGAAUUUUUCGAGCGGUCAAGGCAUUCGAAAUGCUACGAACAACCGCUUUAUUUUAUGAAUUUUGAGAUUCCAUCAGUCUUUGCGUUGGGGCUGAAAGAAUAUAAUCCGUUAAUAAUAAAGUUAUAUUCAUUAGCAUUUUGUAUAGAAAUCAUAAAAGUAUUCAGGGUGCAACUACGACGACGGUAGUAACAUAAAUUUAUAUUUUAUUUAACCAGUAUUAAAAUAUUUCGGUUAUGUAUCGAUCAGAAAUUAUUUGUAAAAUAAGAAUGUAAUCACAAAAACGUGUUCAUCAAAAUCGAGAUAAUUAAAAACAUGAACAUAUCUGGCAUAAUUUUAUUAAUAACUUUUGAAUUAAUUAAAUUUGUUUGACGUUUAUAUUCGUCAAUAUAACACGAUAAAUUUGUAUUCGAUAGUUACUGUUACAUUUUCUGUCACUGUUGUUGUUUACGUUAACUUAAUCAGUGUUACUCAAGUUUAAUUCAGUAUUUCAAAUAGUAGACAUGUUUUGGUGAUGCCAUUUUCUGUGAACAGUUUGUUACAUUGUUUACUGUUGUUUGCCACAUGAUUGCAAUACAGUUAAAACCUUUUGUUAACUAUACAAUGUAUAACCAAUAACCAAUAUCCAAAGACAGUAAAUUCAGAUUUUAAUUAUUGUUUGCUGAUUUCUGCGACCCGAUAAAAGUAUAUUAAGUUUUCAAAAAAUCGCAGUAAACAAUAUCAUCAAAAUAAUUUGUUCGUUAAACUUUAGUAACCGGAUUGGUCAAAACUACAUCACUAAAACUACACACCUUAUAUUUGAUAGGAAAAUAAUAAUAGUUUUUUGACUUUCCUGAGUGAUAGCAGUAUUAUUGACAGAUAAAACCAGUUAACUGUUAGUCGUCGUUUUAAUAUGAGUGCUUACGUCAUUCAAAAUACAAAACGUGAAUAUUAUUAUUUUAAUCGCGUGUCACAAAAUCUCAUUUUAAAUAUAUUGUAUACACACAAAUAAAAGAGAGCGGUUGAUCUUUAAACGCAUUUUAAAAUGUCACCGUGAUGUCAUUUUCGUUAUCAUUUAGAAUAUUAUACGUUAUCUUAUGAUAAUAUUAUACUUAAUAUACCUAUUUUAUAAAAAAAAAAUAGCAUUCAUUUAAUUUUUAAUUAACAUAACGUAAGACACUUAUUAUCUUGAAAAGGAUUAAUAUUUUUUUGGAAUUUGCUUUUCAGAACAUUUGAGAAAUUAGUAGCUCUAAGAUGUUAUGAAAAUAAUUGUGAAAAAAUAAGGACAGUGUAAAAUUUUAAAAUACAUAAUUCCAAAACGUUUUUAAUUUUUGAAAAAAUUAAUAUGUUAUGUAUAAUUUGACUAUAACAUGGAAUUUAGAAGACCCUGUAUAUAUAUAUAUGAUUUAAUAGUCAUCGGGAAUAAUUUAACUUGUGUUAUUCAAGUAUACCUACGUGAAUACGUGAAUAACUACCGUACUCGUGUAUAUUAUUAUAUGUAUUUUUUAAAGAUUUAUUUCAAAAAAUAAUGUGCUCCACGGAGCAUAAUGUUGCUUGGAAUACGAAACUAGGUACUUCAACUUGACUUUUGUGUACACAAGUAGUGCACGGUCGGAGGCCACGAAAGUGAUAGAAGAGAAUCAAUUAUGAACGCAGUAUGUGCUCCGAUAGACUAUCAUUCCCAAUAAAAUAAUAUUGGAAAACAAUUAUUAUUAUUUACCAGUUGGAAAAAUUUAAGACAGACAGAAUUGUAUUUUAUUUAUUUCAAAUUCAGGGAUUUUUUUUCCAAUUAAACGAGCCCCACCCUUACAAACAUCGAAAUGUUACCACUUAAAUGUACCGGCCGGAGGAACACACCAGCCGACAAUAUGCAUUUAGUUAUUUAAUUUUAUCUCAUUUUUUUUUUUUUUUUUUUUUUUAAAUUUGUUUUUACAAUCCGUUACAAUGUAAAAAAAGGCGAAUGAUAAUUAUUUAUGUUCGUAAUAUAAGAAUCUUCAGAGAGCGAAAAAAAUAAUUGACAAUGUAUCUUGGCGAAUGUACCUGAAAAUGUUACUGUAAAACGUAUUUUUUAAAAAAAUAACCAAACAUACUUCACCUUACAUGAAACAUAGGUCCAAUUAAAACAAAGCUCUGUUAAAUAUGUUAAAAACUUGAAAUGCAAACUAAAAUUCGAUAAAAUGGUACCAAAGGGUUUAUUUCAGGAGGUCUGCUAACAAUUUCAGAAAUCUUGGUCCGAAUGUCUGACUGUAAUAUUUAUGCCAAAGCAAGUAUUGUCUAUUCGAUGCAUUGGGGAAUUAAUUUUUCAAUUAGAAAAAAAGUACGGAAAAACAGUUCCAUUACUUUCCAUUUAGUUUUUCGUUGUGGUUCAGAAAAAUAAUUUUAUGGAAUAUGAUGUUUUUAUUAGAAAUGUAUAAAUGUGGACAAAUUAUCAAAACAUUCUGGAAAUUUUUGAGUAACUUAUUAAAGGACUUUAAAAUUUAUGAAUAUUUUGAUUUUUUUGAUUCUGAGCGGAGCGAGGAAUGUAUUGGUUUAACACUGAUGUGUUUUUUUUUUUACCGGUGAACAACUUUUAUACCCGCAAUUUUUCUCAGAUUUUCAAUUAAAGUACUUUUUUUGAAAGGGAAUCUUAUACUUUAAAGUGAACAUUUUUGAUUUUCCAAGAGUUUUUUCAAUAAAUGUGAAGAAACGUAAGAAAAACGGAAAAAUUUACGAAAUGUAUUAUGUUUUCAAUUGUUUGUUUUUUGUUUUGCGUAAGUUAAAAAUAUUUGUAGAUUUUCAAAAUAGUAAUUUUAUAAAACAUAUUAUUUUAAACAUUUUAAUGUAUCAUACAUUCAUACCUGAUCAACAGAUUCUUAAUUAUAGCCGUUUUAAUUUCCAGAAUAUAGGCAUGAAAAUAAUUAAUAUUCAAUAGAAAGAAAAUAAUUAAUGGGCUGAUUGUGAUUCCCUAUCGCAUAACGUGUUAUUUUAUUGAAUAUUAAUUGUUUUCACACCUAUUUUCUAGAAAUUAAAACGGCUAUAACUAAGAAAUUAUUCAUCAGAUAUGAAUGUGUGCUACAUUCAAAUUGUAUGAAUAUUUUUUAUAAAAUGGCCAUUUUGAAAUUUUUUAAAGUAAAUAAACAAAGUUAUUUUUUUUUUUUGUGUGUAUAUGUGUUUAGGGGAUGAAAAUAAAAAUAUAAUUUUUCUCCAAAUCGAUGUCCUUCUUGAAGACAAGCCGAUUGAAAAAAAUGUAAUAUUAACAGCACUAGAUAAAUCCGUCAAACAUAAUGGUGGGACAUACUGUAUAUAUUAUUGACAAAGCAAAACUAUUAACUAAACUUCGCUCAGAAUCGUUGAUCGUUAGCAAUGAUUAAUCUUUUCGUACAGAUGUACAUUAAAUAUCCCCUCUACCUUCUUCUACCUUCCCAACUCGCCAACAACAGAGGCCCGCUCAUCGUGUAAAGUAUGUCCGUAUUUUUAUAGAUUCAAUUGGUUUGACCGAGCAAAAAUGAACAAAAAUUCAACUCAUGAGGUUCUCAUAAAUUGUACUAUUCAAUGUCAACAAAAAAAAAUAAGUAGUAGCUAAGGUUUUAGUAUUAAUAGGUUUUUUUUAUGUCAGCUUUUAACUCAAAUUUUGACAAUAAUCCUAAAAAUCACGCCAUUGCCAUUGCAACACAUGUUUAACCAAAUUUCACUAAGAAUCAUUUUUCGUUUGAGUAAUUUUUCUUUCUUUGCGCCUUUGAAUUUACCCAUAACCACAGACGAGUUUAACAAAAACUUCGAAAUUCCGCACGUGAUAUCUAUAUUUAACUCUUUCGAUUAUUAUAUUAUAAUUCGUAUAACAUUGCAUACCUAAAACACUAACAACUGCAGUCGUAUUAUCCAAAUAUUUCAUCAAAAACAAUAACAGUAAAUAAUAUUGUUAUAAUUGCAAAACGUCGAACGGCGAUCUGCAACCUAACCAACGCCGCACUCGACCUAACUUAAUCUAUUUCGUUGUUAUUGGCAGGUGCCAUCGUGGCCGUUUGGGACGGCCAUCUGCAAGGUUUCCGAGACUACCAGAGACGUAUCGAUCGGCGUGACCGUGUUCACGUUAACCGCCUUGAGCGCGGAUCGGUUUUUCGCCAUCGUGGACCCAAUGCGCAAGCUGCACGCGUCAGUAGGUGGUCACCGGGCCACCAAGUUCACUGUCACCGUGGCCAUCACCAUCUGGUGCCUUGCUAUCGCGUGCGCUGUGCCAGCGGCCGCCUACUCGUACAUUAAACCAUUUAUUAACGGCAACGUCACGCAAUUAGAGGUUUGUUACCCAUAUCCCGAUGAACUGGGACCCGAAUAUGCGCGGCUCGUCGUCCUGGUCAAGUUCCUGAUCCACUACGUGAUACCGUUGUCCGCCAUCGCAUGCUUCUAUAUCAUGAUGGCCAGACACCUGAUAAAUAGUACCAAAAAUAUGCCCGGCGAAGUCCAAGUCAGUAUACGUAUACUCGCCUCCGAAUCACUGUAUAGAGUUGACAAUUUUAAAAUCCAUGAAAUCUAAAAAUGGAUUUUUAGUGCAAUAUGCCCAAAAUUAACGAAAUAAGUAUGCACUAAAAAGUGUAUCUAUAUAUCGGAAAUAUAGAAAUUUAUUUAAGUACCAAGCAAAAAAUGGUCCCCUAAGGGUCUGCGAAGAUAUUAGGGAGUUCGCGGAAAAAAAAGUGUAAUGGCGGAAAGAGUGGAAUUUGUUGUAUUUGAUUGAAACAGCUUGUUAUUGGUAAAAUAUUGUAAAUAUUGUAAAUCGGAUUUUCAUAAUAUUCUAAUAUUCUCAUCACGUUAUACAAACUUUUCUUAUAAAAUUGGUUUAUUCCCCGUGUAAAAAAUAGUAAUCUUUUCUAUGAAUUCUUCAUGUUAAAUUUCAGCAACAUUAUUUGUUCGUAUUUGUUGUUAUAUUACUUGAUAAUGAUUUUAGAUACAGUGCGUGGUGAAAGAUCUUUCAGUUUAACUAUAAUGUGUAAAUAAACACACUAGUUUAAUAAUAAUUUUUUUUUUUUCUAAAAACAACUUUUUAAAAUGAAAUCAUGCUCUAAUGUAUCAAAUGUAGCACAUUUUCUUAUGUUAAGAUAAUAAUAUCUCUAAUUGGUGCAUUAGAGAUGACAUUUUUUUGAUUUUCCAUGAGGUUUUCAAAAUAAAGAAAAUUAUAGAUAAAACGGUAAAUAUUUCGGGCUGGUGUUACCAAUUGUAUUGUUUCUAAUUUUUAAGCGCGAUGUUUUCUACCAUAAAUAUUGGUCUAAUUAAUACAAAAUUAUACAUUUUUUUUUGUUUAUAUAAUUGGUGCGUUAGAAAGUUAUUUGUUGAUAUUUCUUAUAUUUUUUUGAAUGAUUGAGCAAAACUGAAAUAAACGUAGAAAGAGAGGGAAAAUUUAGGAAAAUAUAUGCGUUAGAAUCUAUACGGAGUGUGAAAAUAACGUUUUGUACGUGUUUUUCAGAUUAAAAGAAGUCCAAGUUAUUGAUUUCCAAUUCUAAAUUUUUUUUACCAGAAGACUUGCUCAGAUUUUUAAGUGUAGCACCUGUUUUGAAAGGAAAUCGGUGUGGGAAGGUACCUUAAAGGGAUCAUAUUUCGAUUUUCUCAGGAGUUCUCAGCAAAAAUGAAAAACUGGGAUAAAACAUAGAAAAACUAGGAAAAACGUAGAAAAACUGGGAAAAUUGGUACAACAUUAAACAAAAUAUUAUUAUAAAAUAUCUAAAGCCUAUUUAAUUAUUUUACUGUAAAAUGACAUACUGUUGAAAAUGCAUCAUUAUAAACUGAACUCCUCUCAGAAUCAUUUUUUUGUAAGCAAUGGUAUAUCACGGCUAACAGGUAUGCAUUCAAUUAUCUAUAACAAUGGCUGCACCCGUCCCUAUUAUCCUAGGAUGUCUUAUAAAAGUUAAUUAUUUAAAAUUUGUAGAGUGUCAAAACAUUAUUUUAAGAGAUUUUUUUAAUGAUUUUAUAGAGCAUUCUUUGCCUUAGUUAUUAUUAUUAGCCUCAAAAUAUGUAUUAAUCAAUAUAAUGGUGUUUCUCGGUCCGUUUUGCGUUAUGUAUAAACAAUAUUAUAUUUUCAAAUCAAACCUAGCAUGGAUCCAGAGUAAAGAUCAGAAAGGAUGUGGAAAAGCCAAGGUUUAUUUGUGACUCAUAAGUGUUAUCUAAAACAUGCUUCUGAUAUACUUUCUGGGAACCAAUAUUGUAUGUAGUGGUCACGAAUAUGUAUGAGAAUUACAUUGGAAAUCCUGUAGCACAACUAUAACUAUAAAUAUAACGUAACGUGGAAAAAAAACCGUCAUGUCCAUGAUCCUGCUCCAUGAUAAGGAAGUUAAUAAUUUAAGUGACUAUCUACAACCUUUAUUCGUUGAAAAAUCUCGUAGAGUAUAGAAAUUAAGAAUGAAAAAAUGGAAAUUAUUACGUCGUGUUUCGGGCAAAUCUAAAUUUGAUAAUACUUUUUUGGUGAACUGUCUACCAUUAUCCAACAUUUCAGAUAAAAAUGUUUUUUUUAAAGGAUAUUAGAAAUUGUGGGUUGUUAACUAUAUAAAUUAAAUAUUAAAUUGUAAAAUGAAUUGUAAAUAAAAUUAUUAAACAACUGAAAAAAUUAAAAAACAGGUUUACUAAAGAUUUACCUCGGUUGAAAUCGUAAUUCUAUAUUCGUGAUAUUAUUGUUCUUUUCAAGCGUUUUAAGCAUUUCAAAUUUUAGCAAAAAUCAUAAAAAAAAAACAUCCACACGUUACAUAUUAUUUUCGUUUUAGAAAAAUUAAAUUUUUUGCUGCAUACAAAUUUGAUCUAAGGUACAUUAUAUUUAUUCGUAAAUAAAAUUUGAACGUUAUGACAUAAAUACUUUCUACAGGAGUUUCAAAGUUUCAAAGUUCAAAUGUAUAAAAACAUUUUUAUCUACAUAUCGUAUUUCUGAUGAGUAAUUUAACCCUUUAAUCAUUUAUUCAUUUUUUAUAAUCACCAGAAAUAUUAAUUAGAUUAAUUAAAAUCGUUAAAUGAAAACUAAAAUUAAUUAAUCUAUAGCCGUUUAGAAUUCACAAAGGGUCCAAUUUACCAGAAAUAGAUUUGAAUGAAUGUCGAGGCAAUCGUCAUCAUUUCGGACUGAAUUAAAUUAAUAUAUUUGCUAGUGUUCGCUACUACAAAGGUCUAUAGUACCGCCUAUAGCUUCGUAAAAGUUUACACGUAUAUUGCAUAUUUAAGAAAAGUUAUUUUUGUAAGAUUUUACCAUCAUCAUUUUCGUUUUAAAUCCGUUUUAGAUAUAUUGCAAUAUAAUAAUAUACAAACAGUGUACGUGAUUGCUUUCCGAAAAAGCUUCUCGAAUAGGUCAAGUUAAAAAAUUUUUUUAAAAAAACGAUAUUACACUCAUAACCUACAGGGUGAUAGUAUUAAAAAAAUAUGCACUCCACACUUACAAAGAUUAUUCCAAUAUACAGCUUAAUCAAAUUAACAAGAGAAAAAUAUUAUAACGGAAAUCAAGCAAAAAAAUAACAUUUCAAUUUGUCACGUUACAUAUACAGGUGUCCCACGAAGAUAUACCCAUAGUGACAAUCAAAUUAUGUUUUUUUUUUUUAUAUAUUAACACUACUCAUAAAAAUAAGGACUAAAAUAUUUAUAUUUCAAUUAAAUUUUUAUGUUUUCAUAAAAACCUUAAUAAAAUAAUUAUAACUAAAAAGGUAAAUAAUUUAUUUAUUAUUUUUCAAAAAUUUGAAUACAGCCGUUUUAUCGAGUUUAUUAUUCUGAAUAUUUUAACAUAUCAACUUUAAAAAUUUUCAUUGAAUUUGUGAUUUUAAAUAAUUUUACAAUGUUCAGAGAAAAGUACCUAUAAUCAUACAGUAGGCUAUAAUUACAUUCGCUAAUUGAUUAUUAUUAUGGCAAAUUGAAUGUACACUUUUUUUUCUAAACUUAUUAAAAAUCACAAAUUUACUGAAAAUAAAAAGUUCAUACGUCAAAAUAUUUAGAAGAAUUACCCCUAUAAAAUCGCUAUCUUCAAAUUUUUUGAAAAUAAUAAUAUUAUUAUAUUUUUAAUUAAGGCCAGACGGCUUUUACAGUAAAAUAUGAUAUAAAACAAAAUAAUCACAAUAAUUACAAUACAAAUUCAAUAAAAAAAAUGUAAACGUUAAAUAUCAAAAAUACAAUACGUGUAUCAUUACUAUUAUUAAGAUAUUAAAAAGAAAUGGUUUUUAAUAAAUAUUUGUAGUCCUAAUUCCUGUGAGUAAUAAGGAAAUAAACAGAAUUUGAUUAUCUUUAUUAUCGCCGGAUACCAGAUGUAUGUAUUUAAUUGACUAUAAUAUUUACAGUUAAUAAACAGUUCAAGAUACAAAUAAUAAUAAUUUACAAAAUAAAUAAUCACCAAAUAAAAAAAUAUGUAAAAAACGAAAAAAAUUUAAAUUAAAAUGUCAAUAAAUAGCUCAAAAAUGGUUUAAAAUUGAAAAUUUUACUAUACCUAGAAAAAUCAAACAUAAGUUUUGUGUCAAAAUGUCAAAUUCCAAUGAAUAUUUUAAACUGAAUUACAAAAAAAUGAAAAUAAUAAAACCAUUAUUUUCGUAAAUUUUUUCUGAAUUAAAAAAAUAUGUGCAAUGUAAUAUUUUUAUUUUUUAUGAGAGUUUUAACAUAAAAUUUUAGCGAAAAUUGUCAAAAAUAGAGCCUUUCAAAAAAUGUAUAAUCGAACUUCGAUCCAAAUCGUUUUUCGUUACCAAUGGCUUAUCGUUGGUUACAGAUAUAAAUUAAAUAACUUUAAGUAUCCUCCCUUUCUAACUUCCCCUCUACAAUAGUGGCACAUCCGUCCCCAGUAUCAGCUCUUUUUUUUUUAUUAUAUGUCACGCAAAUGUCAUUAACAUAGCGCUACACCUCAUAGCGAGGCCGAAUCGCAUCCCAACUCUGACAAGUUUCCAGCCAUUACUUCCUUCCAACCGCCAGCCAGCAGUCAUACAAUUAUAAACAAUUUGUAUGUUUUUUAUUUAUGAACAAUCUAAUAUAAUAUAUAUAUACCUUUUUUACGAUUAAAAAAAAAAACCGGAUUGAUUAAAUAUUAUAUAUAAUGUCCGAGUACUUUAUAUUUAAACUUAUUAAUACUGUUUCUAACGUGUGAUGGAAAAACGCAUUUAAAAUAAAUAAUUAAUUUGAAAAUGUUUACUUUUUACUUAAUUCUUAAUUUUUAACGACAGCAAAAACUUAUAUAAAAUAUAUGAGCACGAGUGGAGCUUUUAAAUAAAAGUAAACAUAUCAUAAAAUUACUUUAUAUUUAUCAGUAGGAAUUCGUUGUAAUUUGGAAAAAAAUCGUAUUUUUUGUCUUUUUUGGUUUUAUUCAAUUAUUAUGAAAACUACUUUGCAUAUAAAAAAACGAUUUUAUUUAUCAGUAGUUGAAUGGCGCAAAAGAAACAAAAUCAAACCUAGUUAUUUUUCAAUUGGAGCAGUAUUUCUGGUAGAAAACAUAAGUUGCAAAAAACCUACUUCAUAAACAUAAACGUAUUCUACCAAUCUAUUUAUUAAUAAACCAAUUAGUAUUUUAUUCGUAUAAAUAGUACAAAUAAAAUAUUUGUUAUCAAUCCAAUAACCGAGUAAAUGUUGAACUACAGGGUCAGAUGCGCCAGGUGCGUGCCCGGAAGAAAGUGGCUAAAACGGUACUGGCAUUUGUGUUGGUGUUCGCCGUGUGCUUCCUGCCCAACCAUAUAUUCUUGUUGUGGUUCUACAACAAUCCUAAGGCCCAGGAAGAGUUCAACGCAUUCUGGAACGUGUUUCGGAUCACCGGGUUUUGCCUGUUGUAUACCAACUCGUGUAUCAAUCCCAUUGCGCUGUACUUACUCAGCGGUACUUUCCGCAAACAUUUUGACCGGCAGCUGUUCUGGUGGUUCGUUAAGUCACCAGGCGCAACAACCGUUUCGCGGAACGGUCAUAUUAUGCGCCGAAAGAACGGCACUCGAGAAAAGGAUCGGGGCACAAUAAAUGAAUCAACAACCAUGGCUAACGUUCAGAUGAGCACGUUCACCAAGCGGACCACCGACAUGAGCACCACCACCACAGUGCUCGGGUGCGGCCUCCAGGACGUCAUCAAUGUAGUAUAAGGUAAGUGAAGUAAAAUUAAUAUGAUUGAUUACAGAUUGUAAUAUAGUAAUACGAACUACACUGAUUAUUGGGGCCAAGAUUAAAGAUAAACAAGUUCUUGUAAGACAGCAGUCAUACCAGACGGUGAACACUUCGAAUUAUAGAUACAGUGAAAUCCUUAUAACGGAAUCGCUCAGUACCAACUGAAUUUUUCAGUUAUAAAGGAGUUUCCAUUACAGGGAAACUAAAAUAUAUGGGUUAUGCAAAACUAUUGCUUUUUCUGUUUUAAUGAAAUCUCCAUCUUAUAGGGAGGUUUUAUUGUAUUUGUUUAUUACGGCACGUGACGCAAGGAUAAUUUGAAUAAAGGAUAUAAUAUUUAAAAUUUGAAAUUAUGACUUUAAAACGUAAUAUAAAACCAAAACAAUAAACAAAAAAUAGAACUGAUACUGGGAACGGGUGUAGCCACUGUUAUAAGUGGGAAGAUGGGAAUAUGAAAUACACAAAAAUAUUUAAAAUAAAUAUAUGCAAAGAUAAACCAUUACUAACGAAAAACGAUUCCCUAAUUUUUAAGAUUUUUGUCAAAAUUUAAUAUCUAAAAGAUUAUGAAAAAUAAAAUGCAUUAAACGGAAAUUUGAUUUUUAGACCAUUAAGUACUUAUAAUAUAUCUUGUGUUAAAUUUGCAAGCGUUAUCAAGUCAUAUCAUUUUAAUAAUGCAUAACUACCAAAUAAAAAUGCAAAAACAAAAACGAAAAUAUAAAAUACCUAUAAAUCGCCUAAAAAUAGUUGGAACGGUUUGAACAUUUUUUCAUACUCACAAAAGGCUAAUAUAAGUAUUUUGUGAAAACUACAGAUCUCUAUAUUAAUUUUCAACCGAAUAACAACAAAAAGCCCAAAUGUUGUACACUUUGCUAAUUUCCUACGUUUUUAUUACUGUUGUGUCGGAAUUAUUAGAAAUCUAUAUGGAGAAUCAACAUUGAAAUUUUUACUCAUAAACUAGACAAAAUUUUAUUCAAAAUAUGUUAUUUUUAAAUUUGGAUAAUGAUUUCUAGUAGAAAAAAAACAAAUGAAAUUUUUGCGCCGUAAUUUUAUCCGGCCUAAUUAUUAUGAAAACUUCUUAAGAUAUCAAAAAAUUACGUACAAACAUGAUACAAUGGGUGGGCUAAUGUUGUAAAUAAGUACUUGGGAAGGUAGAGGGGAAAAUUUAAUGUACAUCAGUACGCAACAAUUAGCCAUUGCUAACGAAAAAUGAUUCUGAGUGGAGUUUGGUUGAUAGUAUUGCUUUCAAACUUUGAUAUUAAAAUUCUUAUAAAUAUUCUUAUUCUAUAUUACUUUUUUUUUUUUUUUUUUACCACACAUUAUGACUUAUAAUGAAACUCCUGUUAAAUUGUCUAGCAUUUCUGUUCGGUCUAACCUACCGAAUAAAUUUACUUAAAAAAUUUGCAAAAUUAUAAUAACUAUAAAUAGCACAAAAAUGGAUACAAUGUUUUGAAAACUUUACCAGGCACGUCUAGAAAAGGCUAAUAUAAGUUUCCUGUUCAAACUUCAAUUAAGUUUCUACAAACAUUAAUUAUUAACUGAAACAAUACAAAACAAAACAAAAAUCAAAAAUCAAAAAAUUGGAAACAUUUAUUUCGUACAUUUUUCCAUUUUUUCUAAGUUUUCCCCGAUCUUUCCCAUUUUGUAUGAAAAUCAAUAAAUGACUUUCAUGAAGUACCACUUCAGUCAAAAUAUUCUUCCAGAAAGAUUUCUACACUUGAGUAAAAUUUUUGGUGCAAAAGUUCUUCACAGGAAUCAUUGUAAACCUCUCUAAGCUCAGAAUCUAAUAAGAACGAACGAAUUGCAACUCAUUGUUAGUUUUUAUCACGAUUAUCUAUAAACGUGGUACCAAUAUAGUGUAGUUGAUUCGGUUCGUAUAAUAAAGUUUAUAUUUUUUUUUCACUAGGUAUCAUUUUAUCAAAUCAGUUGUUCUCAUGGGUUAAAAAGAGAAAAUUCCACCUAUCUUGGUUACCAAACUGGCUCUGCGUAUAAAACAGGGACGGCCCAUUCAUUUUUUUUAUUAUAUAAAUGAUAGAAGAUGAUUUUUAAAGGUAUAUAGAACGUCUCUAUUCGACGAAUGGGGACGUCUCGAAAUCAAACGUCGUGUACACGUUUUCGCGAAAACGAUCAAAAUGCUAAUCAUAUUCAAGCAAUAAUAGUAUGUCGAUUUAAUUAUGAUGUGGUGGAUGGCCGUUUGAGGGCAAUUUGGAUCCUACGUCAAAAUCAAAACCUCGUUGUGCGGCCAGCACAAUAAUCAAGAAUCCGUUUAAUUAACACUACUACGGUUUUCCCCGCAGCAAUAUCGUUUUGCUUUUCUAUUAGCCGAAAUUCGACGGGCCAUAUUUCUCGCCUUGAUUUAUGGAGAUAAAAUCCUUCUGGGGUCAUCUAUUAAAAAUAAUAACUUUGAAAUAGAUAUUAUUCUUCAUCCCUCGCAACCCACAAUAAACCUUUUACGAACUCAUUAAUUUUUACCUAGCCACAAAUUAAUUUCACCCCAUUGAAACAAGUAAGUAUACUCUCAUAGAAUAUUUGAAGGCUGAUUUCAAACAAUUUCCUGUAUUUUUAAAUUCUUAGUGGAGUGAGGAAUGUAUUUUACAAUGAUUGUUUUUUUUUUUUUAUUUAACUUUUUUAUCAGCAAUUUCACUCCAGUUUAUAAUGAUAUAGAACUUUUUCUGAAAAAAAAUCUGAUAGAGGUGGUACUUUAGGAAGGUCAUUCUUUGAUUUUCUUAGAAGUUUUCCCAAUAAAUAGGAAAAACCGGAAAAUAGAAAUACUAAGUGAACCAUUUAAGUGGGUGCACUCAUUAUCUCGGAAAGUAUUAACUUUUUCCGUAAUUUGUUUUCUAGAACAUUUAAGAAACAAGCAGUUCUAUAAUUUUAUAUUUGUAUUACAUUUUAUCACCCCAAUUUUUGGGGGUAAAACCAUUACCUACUUUUGAUUUUCAAACGGUAAACUAUAUUUAAAAUUUCAUAAAUGGAUUGAGUAUUAGUUAAAAUAAAUUUUAGUGUUGCCAUUUUUAAUUUUUGUUGCUUACAAAUAUACAUUAAAUUUCCACUCUACCUUCACAAAUUCUCUCCUACAAAAGUGGCCCACCAACCUGCGAAGUAUUUCCGUCUUUUUUUAAUAUACUGUACACAAAAAUCCUACCAGAAUUUUUUUUUUCAAUUUUGUUCUUUUAUUGUAGAUCAGUUUAAAAUGCUCAUAGAUUUUGACUUCAAAACGAAAACUUAUAUUUAUCUUUUUUAGACAUGGUAAAAUUGUCAAGAUAUGAGACACUUUUCUUAGCUAUUUACUGUUAAUUUAAUUUUUCGAGUUCUUUACGUAAAAUUUAUUGGGUAGGUACUCUGUGGAUAAAAUUGUUAGACCGAAUAGAAAUGCUUGCAAAUUUAACAUUAGGUUCAUUAUAAGUUGCACUUAAUGGUCAGCAAGAGAAAAUCGAGUUUAAUACAAUAUUUUUAAUAUCAAACAUUGACGAAAAUCAUAAAUUUUACGGCCUUUUUAAAACAUGUAUACAUAACCGAAUUUAGAAUUGUUUUUCGUUUUCAAUGACUAAUUGUUGCACACAAAAUUACCUACAACAGUGGCCUACCCUUCUUAUCAUAGAUAUGUCAGUCUUUUUUUUCAUAGUGUGCCUAUUUACACAACUUUUCUAUCAGAAAUCUUGCUCUUAUCAAUAACGUCAUACAACCAUUUUGUAUUUUUUUUUUUUUUUUUGUAUCUAUUGACAAAGUAAAUGUUUGACUUUAAUUGUAAUUUUUUUAAUAAAUGAAAAAUACUGACAAUUUUCGUUACCUAUUUUCUACCUUGGUAAUAGGCAAAUAAAUAUGACCAAUAACAAUUUUAUAUCUUCCCUUUUAACAUUCCUCCAAAAUAAGUGACACACCCAUCAGCUGUAUUACCUUUUUUUUAUUUAAGCAUUUUAUAUUUGAUUUAUGCAUAUUAUAACAUGUUGUAUUAUAAAACAAUAUAUGGUCUAAACAUUAUUGUACGAUCACGAUAAAAAAAAAUUAUACUUGAAAAAUUAAUUGACAAUAUUGCAAGAGAAAAUAAUAAUAAAUGAAACAAAGAAAUUUCAAAUAUAUUAUAGUUAUUAUUAAUUAUACAAAAAAUUAGGAACGUAGAGCUAUAAAAAUGUCAUACCUAACUCUAUUAUUUUUUUUUUUGUAUUUUGAGAAAAUACCAAAAAAAAAAAUUAAUAAUGACAGUAGGUAGUCGGAUUAUUAUACGGAUGACGGAGGUUGACUUUUAUGAAAAUACUGUGAACUUGCGCAUGAAAAACGAAUAUCUAUAAGUGAUGCAAAAUAAUAACAAUAUUAAUGUCGCAGUCUGAUCCACACGGACCGAAACUAUCGUGUAGUCAUGUAGUUCACUUCUGUGAGAGGAAAUAUAACUAAUUAUGAGUUUUCCUUAGAACUCGGCUGAAAAGUUUGAAAUACGUAUUAUUGUUAAAAGUAGCGGACAUCAGGAUGUGUUCGGGGCCCUCUUAGGGUUUUCGUUAUAUUUAUAUAUUAAAACCUACAACUUAGUACUUAAGAAAUUGUACCCCUCUCCCAUAAAACUGGGAUAUAUCCACUACUGCUCAUUUACAACUUUAUAAGCUCACCACGCCACUGUAUUGGUGACAAAGAGUAUCACAACUAUCAUGACAGUAACAACCAGUGGCGGAUAUAUCCCAGUUAUGGAGAGUGGGGUACAAUUUCUGAAGUUCUAAGUUGAAGUUUAUUAUAUAUAAGUGUAAAUAAAACCCCUAGGAAGCCACGAACACUCCCUGAUAUCCACCACUGGUAAUAAUAAUCGUAGCUCGCGUAAACCAAACUUAAAGGUAUAUUAUAAUUUAAUACGCAUGAUGUGAAAAACAUAAGAAUAUAGAGAGAUUUUCAUUUCAAAACCAAUUUGUCAAUUAACAUAAAACCUGUAUAUAAUAAAAACAAUCGUUUGCCACUGACGAAUUCACAAUGAAAAUUUAGCAUUUGUCUAAAUUCACAUCACAGUGGAAAAAAAACAAACUCGUCCCAAAACUCGUUUUAAAACCGAAAUACGAAUCGUCAUAAAAAAAAUCUGUUGAUUGUUGUUUUUUAUUUAUUUAUUUUUUUUUUUUUUUGCAAUUCUUCGUCAAUCGAUAAAAAUGUAAAUAUACAAACAAAACAAUAUGAACUAACAAAUAAAAAAAAGAGCAAUUACUAUUCGAGUAAAAACUAAAUUUAUAUUCUAAUUCUAAAUCGAUAUUCAAUUAACAAGAAUAUUGGUUUGUAUACUUGAAUUUUUCCAUUUCCUGAAGCUCGUUAGUGUGAAUGUUAUCGGACCCUUUGAAUAAUAAGUUAUUCAAUUGCCGAGUUUUUGUGUUUGUACACUUGCCAUUAUUUGUCUAAAUAUAUGCUGUGGUCGAGUUUCAGAGAUCAUAGGUGGACGAAUCCCCGUAUAUUUUUUUAUAUAUUUUACUAUAGGUAUAUUGGUGCCUCUUAAUUUAAUUAAUCCAGGAACGCUAGAAACCGAAGAGUAUGAAAUAAAUAUAUUGAACUCAUAUAAUAUAUCAUUAAAUAAACUUGUAUUUAUACUGUUUUCAAAUAAAAUAUAAAAAGCCGAACAUAAUUAACACCAUAGGUAUAUGUUACUAAUGAAAUAGUUGAAAAAUUGAAGAGAUGGUUAAUUUUGGUUAUAUACUAAUUAGAGCUUGGUAAACUGGUAAAGGUACUUAAAAGAGGUUUUUUUUUAAUUUUCCCAGAAGUUUUCCCAGCAAAUGUGAAAAACCAGGAAAAACGUGAAAAUCGGUACAACAUAAAACAAUUAUUAUUAAAGAAAACAUAUAAUGCCUAUUUAAUUAUUUUAUCAUGAUAUGGCAUACCGAGCGAUUCAUUUAAAUGAAUACACUCAUUAUCUCGGAAAGUAUUAACUUUUUCCGAAAUUUAUUUUCUAGAACAUUUAAAAAACAAGCAGUUCUUCCAUUUUCAUAUUUGUGUUACAUUUUGUCGCCCUUAUUUUCGAGGGUAAAAUCAUUACCUAAUUUUGAUUUUCAAACGGCAACUUAUAUUUAAAAUUCCACAAAUGGAUUAAUUAAAAUAAAUUUUAAUGUUGACAUUUUUAAUGUCUCUCAAGCCGUUGAAAAGAUACUCCACUUUUAAGUUUGGGUUGGAGAAGAGUAGUGGUGAAUUAUUAACACGCCGCACGCCUUCCCGCCACAAAUGAUACUCCACUACUCACCUCUGACCCAAACUUAAAAGUGGAAUAUCUCGUCAACGGUUCGACGAAAAUAAAAAUAAGUCAAGACUAAAAUUUACUUUAACUAAUAUUCCGUAUAUUUGUGGAAUUUGUAUUAUAGGUUGACAUUUGAAAAUCAAAAGUAGGUGGUAGUGGUUUUACCCCAAAAAUAACAUAAAUAUACAAUUUUAGAGCAGCUUGUUUCUUAAAUGUUCUAGAAAAUAAAUUCCGGAAAAAGUUAAUAAUUUCCGAGAUAAUAAGUAUACCCAUUUAUAAGAAUCAUUUGGUACAAUACUAAAUAAAUAUUAUUAAAGAAAAUAUAUAAUGUAUAUGUAAUUAUUUUACCAUAAUAUGACAUAUAUUAUAUUGUAGACAGAGUAACCGGCUAUCAACCAAACUCCGCUCGGAAUCGUUUUUUUCGUUAGCAAUAGUUUAUCGUUGCCUACUGAUAUAGAUUUAAUUACCUAUAACAGUGGCUGCACUCGUCCCCAUUAUCCUAGGACAGCUUUUUACUAAUCAAAAUAAUGUAAAUAAUAUUAUAGCUUCUUCAAUAUACUCAUAAUUUAAAAUGUUUAAAUCUAAAAUAAUAUACUGACAGAUAGAGGCAUAAACAGGUAGCUAAGGUUUAAUCCUCUAAUGGAUAGUGUUUAGGUCUACAUACUAUUUUACGCUUUAAGUGUUAACUAAAUUUUUUCUUAGUUAUUUCUUUCAAUUUGAAAAAUUUUACACACUGAUAAGUAAUGAAAACGUAUUUAGAAGAAACACUAUCAGAAAAUAGACUCUACUGUUGUUGACUAUGGCUAAUAUAAAUAAAAAGGAAUGCAUUUAUGAAAAAAACAUAAACAUUAUCUUUACUUACAAUUUUUCAAGGAGGAUGCAAAUAUAAGGGAAGGUGUAUAUUCAAUAAAAUAUAUAGUUAUAAGGUAUGCCAAUACACAAUGUUUAUGUAUAUUAUACAUAUAGUAUACCAAUUUAUUAUUAAUAACUCAAAGCAUUCGAAAUUUUCGUACGUGUUUGUUUUACUAUAACAUAAUAAACGUAAAUCGUAUAGAUUUAAUGCACGGUCGUUUUAAACAUUUUACAUAAUAUUCUAUAUAAACAUUGUUGGAAUACGUUUUCAAUUUAAUUCGCUCGUACCUAUACAAUAUAUUUUAAUUUGCAUAGGAAACAAUACAUAAACUGCAAUUUGUUCAAAGUUUCUAUAUACUGCAGAUCAAUCAAGAGGAUUCUAUAACGACAACAACUCGAAAAUAAUGUUUUAAACGUUUUUAGUUUGUGACCGCAUUAAAAAUAAUAUAUUCUCGACAUUCGUGACUGCAAUAUAUAUAUACAUAAAAAAAAAGUCGGCCAUAUUUUUUGGAUUAUGUAUAUUAUUGUCUAAAUGAUUAUUUGAACGGGCGAGCGUAUAAUUAACAUUUUAAAUUCGAACAAAUGAACUGACGCAUUUGAAUCGAGCUCAUUUAUUUGUUUGUAUAAUUAUAUAUAAAUACAGUAAAACUACACACUCGAAUAUAUAUUUUCAUUUAUAAAUAUUAUCAAAAUAAAAAUAAUUAUAUAUUUUUUAUUAAUAAUACUGAAAAACAAAUCAUGUGGCGUAAGAUAAUGUACUUGUAACCAUACAAAUAUUUCUCUUGUGUAAUACGAUUCAAGUAUAAUAUUUUUUUUUUUCGUUGGUAAAAAAUAAUAUAGUUUUUAAUCUUUGAAGGAACAACAUUAAAGGUGUCUUUAUUUACUAUGAUAUGAACUGAAGCGGUUACAAAAAACCAAACAAUAUUAUAAAACAAAUAUAAGGAAUAUUUUUGUUCUUUAAUUUAAUUUCACCGUAUUAUAAUAAUGAAUAGAUAGUAUAAACAAAUAAAUUCUCGGUUAAGCUGUUUUCACACAUGAUUUUUUUCAUGAAAACACGAACCUACAUUGUACUAUUUUUUAAAUCCAUUACUUUAGAUACAAAAUAAAAAUGAAACUUAUAUAAUGAACCUGUUACUCGAUAUUACUAGACAAUAUCAUGUCCAUGGAAAUUUUGUUGACACUAUUAAACAUUUUUUACAACCUUUCGAAAGAAUAUCUUUCCGAACACUCUAACAGAAAUAGUUAAACAUAAUGACCAUCCAACGAUUCCGACAGGGAGGCAGGAGGCUCACUCCCUCCAAGAUCAUAUAGAAAAUUGUAAUUUGUGUUUAAUUAGUUAUAAAAUGUAAAAAUGAAUGCAAACAUGUAAAUUAAUAUAUAGUUUGUAAUUAUAGUUAUUGUUAUAGUUAUAUGUUCAUUUUAAAUUUAAAAAACGAAUAAAAAAAUAAUAGUAUUUUUUUGAUUUUUAAAUCUUCUAAUACAUAACUAUCUAAUGGGUAACUGGUACCUAUAAGAGGCCAAUAAAAUAAUAUCAAUAAUAAUGACGUAAUAUAAGAUGAUUUUAUUUUUGAAAAACGUAUAAUAUUUACAAUUUUGUCUUCUUUUUGAAUUUAUUUGCUUAAGAUUCAUAGGUACUAAGCCCUAUUUCAGGCAGCAUCUGCGAUCCUGUAUCCCCACUGAAAUAUACAAUUAAUAAUUAUUCUGAUCCAAGUUAAGUAUACAAUCUAUACGAGUUACGAGUAUAGCGAUAAAACGUAAAAUGUGUACGUCCGACAAGAUAAACGUGUGAUAACUAAAUCCCAAUAAUAAGUAUAGUAAUAAUUGUCUGUUUUCAUAAAUAUAAAAUUUGUAUAAAAGAGUUCUCCCCAAAGAAAAAUAAAAGAAACAUAAAAUUAUUAAUACUGUUAAAUAAAACUUCAUAAUUUAACACUACAAUGAAGUACCUUAAAGUAACUGGAUUUUUUUGAAUUUCCUCAUUCAAUAUGUCAAUAAAAUAUAAUAUUUUUUUAAACCGCUGGAUAUUAAUUAAACUAAUAGUUAUGUCUCAAAGUUUUUAAAAAUAAAAAUAAUAAUUAUUGAGUUCAAGUUGAAAAUGAUAAUAAUAUAACGUUGAAACUAUCGUUUUAAAAUAUGAGAACAAAAUGCAAGACUCAUUUCGCGAACUUUGAUAUUGUAUGCACAUGAUAUACAAACAAUGAUGACCUGUAACUAUAAGGUGAUUCCUUUAUCAUACAUUUAUUUAUAAUAUAAGUCUAAGUAACUUUAGAUAAAGAUGAUGUAUACAAAUUAACAUAUACAAUUAAAAAUAAAAAACCCGACAUAUUGCGGCAUAUAUAUGUUAAAAAGAAGAGGGGACAGCUUGACAUUUGAAAACCAAAAGUCAACACUCAAUUAAGGUAUAUAAUGUAUGCUAAAUAGUAUACAUACAUUUGAAAUAGAUGUACAAAUAAAGAUUAAAAUAAUUCAUACACAAUAGACUCGAUAAAUCUAAAUUUAGGGGAUUGAGUGAUUUACAACGGUUUUCGGUGCAGUGUUAGAAUUAUUGAGGGAAAAAAAUAACUAGAGAAAGAGAUGUGAAAAAUUGUAUUACGUAUAUUAAUUAUUUAAUUUACUUUACGGUUAUUAUUAAUUAUAUUGUGUAUAUAUAUAUAUAUAUAUAUAUAUAUAUAUAUUGUAUAUCAUUAAAAAUCAGUUUACAAUACAUUUUUAGCCACUAUCUGAUUUAUAGGGUUAUUUAAAAAACUGAUAACCUUGAAAAUUACAUACAAUUUUUCUUCAUCCAUUUAUUGAAUCUCAUUCUCACCAUUGUCAUAAAAUAACUAUAAAUUCGAACUGCAGAGCUUUUGGAAAAUAAUAUUUGAAUUGUAGAAUAUCUCCCACCGUCUCACACUUUAUUAUCAAGGGGACCAAAAUAAAUGUGUUUUUUUUCAGAUUAUAGAGGUUUUCUUAAAGAGCCAAGCGUUUACCUAGUUCAUUUUAUGGAGAUUUUAUAAUUAUUGAAAGUCUUAUUAUUGAAUCUACUAUAAUGAUUUUGAAAGAAAGCAGAAAUUCCAUUUGUCUAGUUAAAAUCUUUUGAGAAAAUCACCGGAUCACGGUACAAGAAUCAUCCUGUAUAACUACAAUUCUAAACGUCCAUCCACAAAAAGUAAUUUAUUUAAUUUUAUUGCAAUAAUAAUAAUAAUUGUUUGGUAUGAAUAUGAAUAAUUUCAAAUGAUAAUUAUUACAAUAACACAAUGAUGACGUAAUAAUGUUCGUGUUGCAGUUAUUAAAACCCUGUACGUCGAAUUAACACUCUGUUGCCGCCCCCGUGGGAUCUUGAACGGUUUUUUAUUGUUAUUUUUUCGACAUUUCGUUGUAAUAGUUAUUAUUUUAUGCGGUAAAUUGGGCGAUGUCGACCUGUAUGAUUACUAAUUUAAGCGAACGACCGUUUUUAAGUAUUAAACUAGCCGAAUAAAUUAUAUUAUUAUAAUAACUGUCAAUAUCUCUAGUUGGGACUAACGGUGUUCAAGGGUGGCCAUUGGCAAUAGAGAACGAAAUUAAGUACGUGUAAUAUCCACCGCCUCCCCACCAGACCCGAAGUAUAUAAUGCGAAAUCGCACGUUAUCAACGAUGCCCGAGAGGUUAUUAUUGUCUUUCAUUUUUGCCUUAACUACAAUUUUACUAUAUCACAACGACGCAAUGGGUUUGUCAAUUAGAUACCCAUAUAAUAAGUAAAUAAAAAAAAACAAUUAUUAAAAAAUGUAUAAAUAAUAAUUUUUUGGAAAAAAAAAAUUGGAAAUAUUCACACCGUGGGUAAUCACUACUGUUAUAUAUAAACUAUAAGUUGGUAAGAUAGGACAGGAUAAUAUAAAUAAAUAGAUGUAUAUAAUAUAUACAUAUUUCUAGUUUAGUUCAAUAUUAUUAUAAACUGAAAGCAACGAUAAAUUAUAUUAUUGUAAACAAAAAACGAUUGAAAGAACGAAUGAGUGGAGCUCACAGUUAACUAUGGUUAAACAAAGUCCUUUCUUUUUCAUAUAACGAAAAAACUCAAAAAUUAACGAUAGAAAAAAAAUGUAAAAACCCAAAAAUUCAAACGUGCGCCAUUUAGCCCUCGGAUCGAAAUUUAAAUUUAAAAAUCCGACUUCAAGAUUUCGAGGGAUGAAUUUAAUGACUGCAAAAUUCGAAAUAGUGAAAGACGAUAUAAUCAAUAUACGAAUUCAAAUUAUUCGUAUUAUAUUUGUAUUUCCUAUUGCGUCGCUGCUAAUAUACAGGUCAACCGAUUCACAAUAUAGACAAAAAAAAAAUGUUUAAAAAGAGAUUGGACUCAAAUUAUUAUUUUUACCUUUCCCCCUCCUCAUAUGUAUAGAUAAAGGAAUGAAAUCAAAUUACCUAUAAUAUUUUAAUCAUUUAUUUUUACUUUACUUUGCCUACUUUUAUGCAAUAAUAAUCAUAGACUAGCACACCUAGGCGAAGCAUAUAAUAGUCCUAAGAACAGGGGUAGAAGAUGCAAGGUUUUGCAAACAAUUUUUUUUCUUUUUUAAUCGUCACGAAAACCACCAUCUACUUUUACGAAAUUUCAUACUAAUAUUGAAUACUCUAUAAGUCAGUGAAUAUAAAAUUAUACAGUUGUCUAUUAUUAUUAUUAUUAUUAUUUUGUUUCAGACAAGAAUAUACGUUCGAACAACAAGGAAACCAGUCAUUAUACUAUUGCAUAUUGUGAAUUUUUAUUCCUACAAUAGGUACCAAUAUCAUAGUAUAGUAAUAAAAUAAUAUGCCAUUUGUCAACUUGCGUUCUACGGUAUGUAUACUUGCAAUAAUAUAAUGCGGUUAUAAAUAUCGUUUAUUAUACUAUAAUCGAAUAUUUUAUAAUACCACGUAUCCAAAAAACUAAAACCAACUCAACCCACCUGCAUAGACCUCUGAAAUGAGGUAUGUCAUGUUGCCUAUAUAUUUUUUGUCCUCUCCUGCCAAAUUAAGAAUUAUGAAAUGCGUGGUGUUGCUUCUUAAAGGAUGAUAUACAAUGCUAUCGGAUUUUUAGGUAACAUUAAAAACAUUUUAGCCGGAUGACCUUGGAUUUAAAUUAAGGUUUUCGGAAGGUGAUAUAGCCAGGAGUACUGGAAUACACGUUUUGAGCCUGUUUUUUCUAAAUGCUAACCAUAUCAUGUGAAAUAAAACUUACAUUUUCUCAAAUCUUUAGGUUUAAAGAACAGGUAUCUAUUCUUAAC